AGUUCCCAAGGAGAACCCCAGCAAAGAAAGAGGUCGUGUCUCCGGGAUUCUCCAGUAAAGACCCUCAACCCGGCACGAGGGAAUCACACAGACUAAAUGAAUACUUGACCAGAGCUUUAGUUUAAUUCAGUGCAUUAGCAGCCUGCUCUUCACGGACCUGAAACUCAUCAGAUCUUUCAAAUCCGAUGAGACGCGAGUCUUCAACCUGCGGUGCAAAUCUGAUCCAGAAUCCACUCAGGAUCAAGACCUCUUCUCUCUGACGGGAUGAAGGUGAAAGCGCCCUGAAAGCAAACUCUGAGUAAGUAAAGCGCACAUAAUAAGAACCCAGGACUGAAAAGACCCUCUGUAAAAGAACCAGAAAUUAGAGAACUGAUCAGAUCUUACCUUCGUUAGUUUCAGUGUUGCACCUGAGCUCUUGCUGUUGAGACGUGAGUAACUGUGGUCUUCAGUGGUGUGAGAUUUGUGUGCAUAUUUCGAGCUCAAACUACCAAAGCGGUUUUUAUUUAAAGUUUGAAAGUAUAUAUACUAUCCUUUCCACAUUGUGUGACUACUUCUCCUUCGGAUUUGGACUGAAUAUCAACAGCCAACCUACCUAAUGGCCCCCAAACUUGCAAUAAAAUGAUUUCAGCAUGUAGCAAAUGUCAAAAACAUAUUGCUCCUUAAAUAGAUUAACCUUUUGAUUUGUUUCACUGCACCUUUAAUUAGACUCAUUGUCUUGGCCUGUUUCAGGAGUAAGCCAGCGCAGUACUACUUUUUAUUUGGGAAUCAUCCCUAUCUGAGCCUUUAUUCACAACUCGAAAUGUUUGUUAUUUUCAGAAAGCUGUUAUCAAUAAAACCAGUGGUUACUAAGGGAACUACAGUUAGUAUCUGCUAUUAAAGGGAUAUUCCGGCAUAAAAUUAAGUUAGGGUCAAACACAUUGUUACACUGAGUUAGACACCCCGUCGAGAAAUGAAUGUUGCUGACCGCUUGCCUCUCUAGUCAUACCAAAUGUAGUAACAGCCGCAGAUAGCAAUACAGAGAGCCACACGCUCGACCAAAACGCCACUCUAUAGCCACAAAUAAUGCGCAGAACAGCACCUAACUUCAUCAACAAAACAUAUAGGGCCCCAGUUACAGCAGUAGCCACCCAACAUCUCUUUAGCAUUGCCUGAUUUCUUUAGCAGAGAGACUAAACACAACUCACCCACUCUCUUCCAGCAGCCGCUUGUUUGUACGGAGACCUCCAGGCGAGUCCAUCAACUGCUGUGGGGUGACACAGCUCAAGGAAGAACAUUUAUGAUAACUUCUUUAUCAUUUCCUUGAAGUAAGUUCCAUGAAGAAGUUAUCAUAAAUGUUCUUCCUUGAGCUGCGUCACCCCGCUGUAUUUGACAGACUCGCCCAGACGUCUCCGUACAAACAAGGGGCUGCUGACAGAGAGUGGGUGAGUUGUGAUUAGUCGCUUUGCUAAAGAAAUCAGGCAAAGCUUAAAAUAAUUUUUUGUGGUUAAUACUAAAGCUGGGACCCUAUAUGUACUGUUGAUGAAGUUAGGUGCUGUUCUGAGCAUUAUUUGUGGCUAUAGAGUGGCGUUUUGGUUGAGCGUGUGGCUCUCUGUGUUGCUAUCCUGCGGUCGUUACUAAAGUUGGUAUAACUAGAGAAGCAAGCAGUCCGCAACAUUAAUCUCUCGACGGGGUGUCUAACCCGGUGUUACGGUGUGUUUGACGCUAACUUAAUUCUAUGCUGGAAUAUCCCUUUAACGUUAGCACUGUGAUGGAAAAAGCAUCAGGGCCGGGUCACCUGUACAACAGACUAGAUGUGAAUUAACCGGAUUCAACCAGGUAGAUCCAAAUGAUGAUAAGACACCUCUGUGUAUUGUAAUUAUUAGUAAGUGGCUAAAACUGACACUGUUUUCCAAUGUUCUGCAACUGGUGUUUGCACCGUGCAGAGAUGAAUGCAAGCUAGCUAUCACACAUAUUCACGACUACUUACUUUAUAACUGAUAUGACUAUAUUCACACAAAUAACAUCAUCACUAGAAUCAAAGCAGGAACAACAGUUACCAGGGUGAACUAGACUUACCUCUGGGAAUUGUUGUCUGGACAGCCUGGACUCUGUCCUCACUGGCCCUUCAAGACGAAUUGCUUUGUCUGAUGUCUGUUAAAUAGAUUUCUGUUGGUUGAUGGAGUUUAUACCCAAGAUGGCACCAAGAUGGCUGAAUCUGUCUUCAUUUUGUGCUCUCUCUUUGUGUGCUGCCAUUUAGUAAAUGAAAUACUGAGGCUCUGCAGUUAUUCCACAUUUCCCUGUGGGAGCGCCUGUAGUCUCAUGCAUACUCAGGGGAGUCCUUCUGUGCAACAUUUUGGGGUUGACUGAGCUGCAGAAAGCAGGUGCAUCCAAGCCAUGACUGGAAAUGCCUCUAGGGCUGAUGGGAGCUCUGGCUCGCCUCCAGGCUGCAAUCAGUUAAUGUUAAUGAAUACGGUAAAAUGAUCUUAUUUGCACUAACAGCAGUUUCUUUGUUUUCCAGGAAUGGAAAUAAUGUAAAAUGAACCUCAGGCUUUCUUUGCAUUAAUAGUUGAUGAAAACUGACUUAGUUGUAGUUUUUCUUUCCAUUUCAAAAGUCACAUGACUGGAAAAACCAUUUGAGUUGUCAUGGGUGCUUUCACAAAGGCAUUCCCCACAAGACAUGUAUUAGUGCUCCUUAAAACCUGCAACUGCUUAUCGUGCAUAAUGUUUGGCCUGCAUGGUCUGAGGCUGAUAUGAUUAGCUCAUUAAGAGGAAUUAAAUUCUUGACUUAUGGAUUCAUUCUGAUGGUAAAACGUUAAUUAGGGCAGUGUUUUCCAUUGUCUCCUCAGUUAUGUGUGGUGAAACUUUUGCUGGAGUCGUAUGUCUGCUGUUUUAAAUGAGUAUUUAAGUGUGCUGGAAUUUAAGAGCAAAAAGCUAGAGUGCUGAGAAUAUUGAUGCCGUUGUUAAAUUCAAUCUAAUUCCUUGUACUAAAAUAAUCAACUGAAUAUUCCUACUUUCUGACAGUUCUUUAAACAGUUUUCUUCUAGUUAUUCCAAGUUGUACACUUCAAAAUAAAAACAUGGCUUGACCAUGAAGGAAAUAAUGGAGCCACAAUGCAGAACAGAGAAAAAAAUCCAAAUAAAAGCAUGAUGGCCUGUUGUUUAAUGAGUUUUAUUUUAGAGGCUUCCCUCAAUAUCACAAUAACAUCAUUGCGAUAAUUUGUGGCUGUUUUUAUCCAUUUGUAUGGUUGGAGAACCAUGACGAUGGGCUCAACAACGGAUCAUAAGUUAAUGAUGGCGGUGUGCACAUACCUAGUUUAGAAUGGAGUUAGCACUUUACUAACAUUUAAGGGGUUGUACCAGCUGACAUAGUUCCAACACAAGCGUAAAACACAUUUUAAAUUUUAUACCUAGCUCUGAAUAGGAAUAAAGUCCUUUAUAUACCAUUUUUGAACUAUUUUUAUAAUAACUUUUAUAGUGUCAUUAAAAAAAUCUGAGCAGGCCUUCAAGUCUAAACUGCCUAACACAGCUGAUGCUUACUUUCAGUCUUGUAAUAUGAAAUGAAAACUUUUACAUGGAGAUAGUAUGUCAUUAAAAAGGUUCAAUAAAGCCAAACACUUUAACGGUAUUUCUUUAAUUUUGUAACUGAAUGUAACGAUAUUAAACUCAGAGGAGACCCCUCACCAAAGACCCCUCAGAUUUUCCUCCACAGGGUGAAACCUUGUUGCUUCUUAUCUGAGCUCUUCAGGGAAUAAAUCAGAAAGGUGAUGAGAUAAAAGGUCAGGCAGUAGACCUGCAGACUCUCACAGCUUCCUUCCACACACACACACACACACACACACACACACACACACACACACACACUGCUUGUAGUCAAUAACACUAGAUUUAAUAAGACAGGUCGAUCCGUCAGAAGCUUGCAGAAGUGCUUUGCAGGUACAGUGAGGGCCCCGGGGCCCUUUAAUGUGAAUGUGUAAGCUUGAGGCGAGCUUCCUAAUGUACUGGUUUUGUUUUGGAGCUAGCUCAGCUUGGCUGGACACAGUGUAAUUACCUUCCAUUAACUUAUUGGCUGAGAUCAGGUGUUUUUUUAGGUCAUUGACUUCCAUUUACUUAAGUAAACUCAUUACCUCCUUCAUUAAAGGAUUAAGCCUUUGUGUUAUGAGCUAGUUUUUGUACAGUAUAUAAAUUGGCACCACUUUUUAGGAGUACAGUGUAAAAAAAAUUCUAACGGUGGUCACCAAAUUUGUUAUCACAACUCCAAUAAACUCCCAGCUAACAGUAGGAAUGUUCAGAUUGGCUUUUUUGGAUCACAAUCCUGUUAAGUUUUUUUUUAUACUGGGUCUCUGUUGUCAUUGAAUCCCAACCCGAUACUUGUAUUUUCCUGGUUGAUAAAGCUACACAACAUUUAUAUUUACUUUACUUAGUUUAGCCUGCAUUGUUGUAAAACACACAUAUAAUCUGUUACACAUGCUUUGUGGAAUGAGACCCACAAGACUGGUAUGCAUGUAUACCCCACACUUAAGUGAGUGAGUUUCACAAUAGUGACACCUGACUGCCACUCCCAGAGCAUAAAUGUUGAACUUAAACUUGGCUCUCCGGUGUCGGUUUUUUAAUGAACUGGAUUACUGUACUAAUUGACCUGGAUCAACUCCAGCUCAAAGUGAAGGAAUCAGUCCAGUGUGCAGUGAGGAUCAGCGAUGAUCCUCAAAACAACAGUUAGAGCUCCAAAUGUCUUUGGUAAAACUAACAGAAGUCUUAUCAUGUUUUAAAUAUUUUCUCCUAUGUUUUUACAAACUUUUCUAUUCCGCUCAGUGGUGUCUGGCGUGGGGUGGAAAUGGCAGCAUUUGCACUGAACUUAAAAGACAAAGUGACAAACUCAUCCACCCUUCUCUGUAAUCCUUUUGGCUCCUCUCCAGCGUAUUUAUCUUACUUUCCAUCCUUGUCCCACUGGCCAUUUUCUCUGAUACUACGGUGAACGUGUUGUUCUGUCGCAUAUUCACUUUAACGUUAAACAUUUGGCUGUUGAACUGUUAUCGCUCCCUAGUUUAUUUUUUUUUCCAUUUUGCUGGUUGUUUAACCACAAGGUUGUUAUUGUGACAGUCUGUCCUGUGUUUGAGAUUUUGCCUUAGAACUGUGUCAGAGUUACCCUAGGAUGCUGUCCUCAGGCUGUCCUUAUAUCAGUUUCAUGCAUUAAAAAUGACAAUACAUGAAUUGUCAAUCUCGUAUCUGAGAGUCUUGUUUGUUUAAAGAUAUCUUGAAAAGGCAUCACUACAAAUGUCAGUCUAUUUCCUAAACAUCAAAAACUCCUCAUAGGAGCUUUAAGUACAGGUAUGAGGACUCAGAAGGAUCUGUUACAUUAAUUAACAUAAUCUUUCUGAGCAGCUUAUUGGUGGCUGACAUGAGCCAUGUUAAGAUCAGGAUCAGGACAUCCCUGAUUAAUGGGGAACUGGCAAAGAGAAGAAGUCAAGGCGAUGACUGUGUCGCCUGAUAACCAGCUACGACACACAAAUCUUGACAAUUUGAUUAGCCACACAAUCACUGAUAACUGUAAGCUGCACAAAAACAAGAGCCUCCUGUUUGACUUUUGUGCAUAAAAAAAAAUACUGAUACAAAAUCUCAUUUGUUGUAUAAAUGGGUAUUUUACAAUGGGCUUUCAUGGAGUGUCCUUGGCUUUUGCAGUCAGCCUCAAGUGGACAUACGAGGAACUGCAGUUUUGUUGAACUUCUGCGUUGGCUUAUUUUGAACACACACUGAAUGCUGCUGCUUAGUUUUGUCCUAGACUGCAGAAUUUUUGCAAUUGCAAGACUUGAAAAUCUAAUCAGAGUCAAAGGAAUGUAUUUAUAAUGCCAUUACCUCAGUGCAGGCGUCAGUCAAAAGGCACUCAGUCCUCUCAGACUUGAAGAGAGGAAUGCCACCUUGAACCAUGAGCGCCGUGCUUACUCCUGCAUGAGAAAAUGAGGAGAAUUUCACGAAUCUGGCUUUGAGACAACACAGCAGAAGAGGACACUGAUGUAACUCAUUUUUGGGUUCAUAUUUUUGAGGCUAAGUAAUAAGGAAAAAAAUGAGCUGGAUGAAAAUGAAGACGGGAGUGUAUUCAAGGCAGACAAUGAGCAUCAAACCUCAUUGACCCCCUCAUCCUCCCUUUGUUCUCGCAGGAUGAACUGUAACUCAUCCCCUUGUGUCCUGUUACAACAUCAGUCACAGCUGCAUGCACAGACCCAUGAAGGCAGCAUGACUGACGGUGGGUGUCUGUGUCCCCUCCCUCUGACAAUCAACAGAGGGCAUUGUGGGUUGAUGACAGUCAGGACUCCCUAUCCCAAUUAUGGACAAGCACUAAUUACCAGAGGAGUAAUUAACAAUCAGGCAGCUGAGGCAACAAUAAACAGCCUCCGGAAGAGUGACAAAAAAAAGCUGCUGUAGGAGGUGAAACAGUUAAUUAUACCCGUCUACUGCAUGCGCUGCUCGCAGCUUCUAUAUGCGGCUGUGCAGUUUGUGAGCUCAUGUUGUGUAAAGUGAGACUGAUGCUUCACCAGUUCUUUUGUCUUUUCGGAGAAAGAUUGAAGGCUGGAGUGGAAAAGCAAACAGUUUUAGGCGGGCAGGAGAGCAGGAAGGUCACUUGAUAAAAUGCUAAUACAAGCGCUUAGCAUCAAUGCUCUGUCAGUCUGACAAGGCUGGCUGUGCUGAACGAUCCCCUCAAACAAACACCGACCCUCUCUCUUUAUCUCAUACACACACACACACACACAUGCAGCAGCAGCCUUAAAAAAGUGUCUGAAGUGAAGGACAUGGAUAGUUUAUCUCACUUCUCCUCUACAAACAGAUUCUAACCAUUACUCUGUCAACCUUGGAGAUGAUAGGCCUCACAGGGCUGCUUGGUAUGCAAACAGAGGCACCAGACCAGAGAUUUAUCAGCCUCAGCAGUUUGAUAUCUGGUUGAUUAAAUUUGUUUGUCGUCUUAUCUCACCAUCACCCUGGAUUUAUUUGUUCUAUGCCAUAAUUGAUGCAGUAAGUAGUCUCAAUUUGAAGACUUUAUAUUAUAAAAAAGAGAGUAUGGACCAAAGAAGUUGUCUUGGGCGGUAAAAAUCACAUUUAACAUGUAACUUUUGCAUGUUGACAUUUUAACAUGGGAUAACCACACUGCUGUUAGUCUUUGGCUGCAUUGUGUCACACACCUAGGUGUAAUGGUGGGGUUACUCUGCUCCUGAUCGUGCCUUACAGCUAACAACAGAGACACAAUGGAAGUUAGAUGUGUAGCUUUGGAGCUGGCAGGGUGGAACAGCGCUCUGUGUGAGCAUGAGUGCCCUGGCUGUAUGUUUGCAUGCUUUAACACAAUGUUUUGGAUUAGAUGCAGGGUGCAUUGUGUCAGAAGAAAGGUGGCGCUGUUGCAGAAUCGCAGAUCAUAAAGUUCGAGUAGGGUGACCAUUUACCCGGACAUGUCCUCUUUUGGGGGGCUGUCCAGCCUUGUCCGGCUUUGUCCGAGGGGAGUUUAUAAAAUCCUUCAAAUGUCCGGGGUUUUGUACGGAAGUUUUGAGUUUGUGUAGCAAACACUCAACCCGAAAAGCCCUCAAAAUGUAAUAUGCGUGACUCCGUGACCCUGCGUAGUAGUGUCCUCUUUUUGGGGAUUCAGAAUAUGGUCACCCCAGUUAACUUUUUGUCCUCAAAGGCCACGAUCACCUGUGGAAAUUAAAAUUGUGGCAGCUACAUAUCACAAAACAUCCCCACUUUUACACUCUGUACCAGAAGUAGAAUUAGCUCCACCUUUAGCAGCAACAGCACUAAAUCAUCAUGUGUUUAGUCAUGCUUUAAUCCCUUCAAUUAAUUAUGAGGUACUGUAUGCAGGAGUUCUACUUUAAUGUUGUAUUUUGACCCUGUUGCACUUUAAACUCAUAUUACAGUGUGAACUCAACCCAUGUGAAAGUAAAUCACAUGUGAAAUACCGUUUAGCACGUGAGGGCCACAUAUGCAGUCUCUACAUGUGGUUUCUCUGCGUGCCAAACAACAUUUCAUGUGCGAUAAAGCCACAUAUGUGGACUUCAAAUUUCCAUGACUUCAUAUCCAAUUUCACAAGCAUGAAUGAAAGCAUGAAUUUUAUAUGCAUUUUCUGAAGGGAAACAAAUAUGUAAACAGAUACAGGAAAUGCCUGUGAAUGCUGACAUCAGCCUGCUCUGUUAAUCUGUAUUCAGAAAAGUCUUAAAAUGAUGGAGAAACAAAUCCUUUUAGCUGUUUUCUCAUAUGUUUGAGCUUUUUUACUCUCUACAGCAUUCAUUUCCUGUGUAUAUGUUCCCAGGGUGGUAUAACCUUUCCUCUGGAGCCUUCAUCCAAUAAUAUUAUUAUCUGGAUUAGCCCACAUAAUCCAUUCAGGUUCAUUACUCUGGUGGUAUUAGCAUACAGCUUAGCAAACCUGCAAUUGUCAUUCGCAAUCAGUGUCACAGCUGUGGAUGGAAAGGCAAGUUUAAAGGGAAUUGUAAUCCUAAACUUGGGAAAACAUGAGCACAUUUUGAGCCUACUGACUGUCCAUUCCUGCUGCAGCAUCUCUUGGAAGUUUGCCUUUGCAGCUCUGUGUCUUAAGUGACUCCAGGGAAGGUUUUUAAUAAGUCAAACAAGGUGAGCACUUUGAAGUUUCCUCCAGCAGCAGCAGCAGCAGCAGCUUUCCAUCGGUGCAUUCAUUUUUAAAAAAGCAUAACCUGCCUGGUAGCCUGUGGCAGGGUAAAAGCUCCCUCAAUGUGUGACCUCUCCACCUAUCAUCUGCUGUAACCAUGAGUGAAGCUGCAGACUGGACUCCAGCUGUGCCCACUCUCCAUUCUCAUCCAAGCGUUUACCUCUCCUUCACUAAUGACCUCACUCUCCUUUUCUGCACCUCUCCCUCCUCUUCUUUCUUUACACUACACGCUCUGAUGUUCCAGUCUAUUCUGCCAGUGGCCAGACGUCCAUUUAUCUCGCUUUCAUUCAUUGCUUCUUUCUUUCUUUUUUCCUGAAAAGGAAAAAAAAAAGAUAAUUGGCACAGCUGGAGAUAAAGGGAGAAGAUCACACAUGGACACCUGUGUGAAAAUGUGAUUUGAGCAAAUUGAGAAAAUUCCCUGAAAAUGUAGAGGAUUCGGAGAAGUCUCUGCAUGGAUUCUACAAAACAACACACACCUAGUGGGAAGCCAGUGGAUGAGCAUGCUACUGUUGCUUUCCUCUGCAUGUAUAGGAGUGCAUUUCUUUUAGCACUGACAGUUGUGUUGUAAUUGGCAUGUUGCAAAUUGCCAAUGUUGGAUUGUUUAAAAAUAUAUUCACACUUUAAGAAGAAUAUUCACUAAAAUGCGUGGAAAAUUGAGUGUUUGAUGCUUAAAUGGCAACGUGCAACCUUUGCUCUUAACUCAGCCCUCAGUCCAGUCUUGCCCUACUUUAUCUGCUGUGAUCAUAUCUCUGUGAAACUGCGACACAACAUCAGCUGAUGGACAAAUAGACUCAGACUGUAGCUGUUUUCUUUAAAAAAAAUCUUUCAGUCAACAAGAAUCACUCUCCAAAUCCUUCUCCGGUAGCCUCCCCUGAAGUAAUUACCCAUCAGAGUCUGCGCCACAAAACAAAUAAAAAACAAAAAUGGCUUUCUGACUGAGUGGGUUUUUGUCCCUGAGCAUUUUGCUUAAAGAACGAGAAAUGAACGGGCCUCAGAGGGAGCUAUUGUUCUCCUUCAUUUUCCAUCCAUACAGUGAAAGCAGCGGCAUUUUAGCAGCACAAUACAUUUCUCUCAGAGGUGAGUGUGCCGUCCAUGUGUGUGAGGAAGCCAGAUGCAGAAUGCUAAUGAGACUGAAAGCCUCUGCGCUGCUCUACCUGACAGAUUGAAGACAACCUCUGCCUGUGUGUGUGUGUUUAUAUAUAUACGUGUAUGUGUGUGUGUUAAAGUGCCCCCAACCUUCAUCUGGACCAGAAAGGGUCACAGCACAUAUUUACCAGCAGGGAGGAUUAUCCUGAAAGCAGCUGAAUCAGCAUGCUUGUGUUCAGUUGAGAGGUUGGUUAGGUGAUCAGCAGUAUCCUGAAGCUGACUCCUCUAGUUUGCUUUUUUAGGUGGGUGAAAUCUGGAUUAAACUUGGGUUUCCCCUCCUCCAUGAAUGCUGAAAAUAAAAAUGGCUCCAUAAUUUAAGAGAAGAUGUUCAAAUGAAGCUUUUUCUUCUACCUUUUCUGUUUUUUUUUUAACUCUUGUUUGAUAUUGCUUGCAGGGUUUGAAGUUGUGUGGUCAUUUGAAACCAGUGUGCAAUUAGGGGCUAAAACUAGACUUGAUCUGUAAGGUCACUCUGAACCUCAUUUACCUUGUUAACUAUGUUGAUCUGCAUUUGUAAUAGCAAGAAAAACAGGAACUGCUGCGGCACAGAUUAAAAUGUUUUAUGCUAAUCUUGUUUUUGUUAUAGCUCAGCUCUACCUUUUUUGUGCUGUAUACUUUGCACAACACAGAGUGAAAUGCUGGUGAUGAUUAGUAAACAUGAUUAUUUACAGUUUUAUUCAAAGCUUAAGGAUCUGAGCUCUUCCUCCACUUACAUUUCCUCACAGGCUGCAGAUCCAACAUGUAAUUCAGCCUUUUCAAGCCUUCAUCUUUAUAACCCCAGUAAUCAGGAUUAUAUGUUGUUGUGAUAUAGACUGAUGUCGCUUAUUAACCUUAAAUCACCUCAGCCUCUCUGCCAUCACUUGUGGAAGGGCUUGGAGCUUGGACUGGGCGAAAUGGCCUCAAAUCAAUAUCACGAUAUAUUGAGCAGUUCACCUCGAUAAUGAUAAAUAACAAGCUGCUCACUCCCUCCUACAUUAACUUUGCCUACUGAAGCCACCACUCCAGACACUACAACUUUUGAACCAUCCUCCAACUCCUCACCUGUCUUUCCCUCUUUGUUACGGACUGAAUGGGUUAGAGUCACGUCUCUGACAGAGGACAGCGUCUUAAAGGGACAUGAGACCAUAGCCUACCUACACACAUCCAAAACCAACUUUUAUUUACAUCACUGAAUAUACUGAUAUGGGCAAAAUGAUGUCAGUUAUUGUCGUAAAUUUCAGUAUCGGUAAAUUUUUGAUUUAUCACCCAGCACUACUGGGAGCUCUCACGACAGAGUAGUACAGUCACAUAUAACUUAUUGCAUCUAAAUAAUUAUUUUUGAUGGAUGUGGUCCUGAAAUUUUUAGGCAUGAAUUUCUUUAUUGCACUUUAAAAACUGACCUGCACCUCUGUGGCCAAACUCUCUAUAUUUGAUGUAUUUGCUUCAAAGCCUCUCUGGCUUUCUGGUGGAAAUUGAUGGAAAAGGUGUAAGUUAGAAAACUGAAAAAAAAAACAAGGUAAAUGGACCCGUUUGGGUUCUGGCUGAGUACUGGCUCCGGCAGGGUGGGCGCAGUCACACAUGCACACAUGUUUGAAACACUGUGGCACAAAUAUAGCUUAAAUUAUCUUCCAUUAAUUCACUGCCAGUGAGGGAGAAAAUUAAACUUGCAUUGUCAGGGCAUGUAACAGCCAAGGUCACAUGUUUUACCAUUAAAAAUGUGUGUGUUGUUGACCCCACUUGGCUCUCCCCACACAGAAACAGAAAGGAGAAAAUGUUACCUCAACAGGGAACAGUCAUCUGCCUGCAGUGGUGCAUGUUUGCCAUUAUGCAGUGCAUUGCUGUCUGACAUUAGAAACCAUUUUUAAAGUGGCAUUGGCUCCUUCUAAUGGCAUUGGCCUCACUCUCGACUGUGCCCUUUCAUCCACAGAUAGCCCAAGGUCUCUUAAAAUGACUUUUCCAUACACUGUUAUUCAAAGUGCAGCGACCUUGUUGGCUUCUCGCUCUUUCCUUAGAACCUGAGUUAUGUCACUGGCGUUGCAUAAUGUUAACGCCUUCAGCACAGUAGUGUUGGACGCACGCAGGAGGAACAGUUGCAUCUUACAGUUUACAGCGAUCGCCGGUUGCCUUCAAUUUGACAGGAACAGGGUCAUUGAGAUUCAGAGAGCCUUACUGCGGUCCGGUCUGAAUAUUCUCUGUCAUAACACGUGUCAGCCUGCCUCCUCUAUUGAUGUGUAAAUGUGUUGUUUCUAAAGUAGCUUUUAUUUAUGAAGAUUGCUGCUGUUAGGCUUUGAAGGGUGAUGGGCCUUUAUUUCCCGCCUCCCACGCAGCGCAGAGUCUUUAAGAAUUGUCGCUUCUCGGGUAAAGAAGAAAUACAGGGAACGCUUUUUUCUGGGCUAAUCCUGCCUUGAUUGAAGGUGAUCCAGUUUGUUCCUUAUGCCUUUAUUCAGCUCAGUACAACCCCAGCUCUAUGAGAGUUGUGAUGCUUUAAAUGUGGAUUGAAACAGAAUUUGAUCAUUUGGGAAUCAAUUAAAGCCUAUAUUUUAUUGAAAAUUUGAGAAUCUGGAAAAAUCUCUGAAUCAAAACCAAUACUGGAGCAUGAUCUUCUUGUCCUUAAGAGCAAUGGAUUACAAAACAGGAUUCUGUUGAGGAAACACUGCAUGGGCUCAAAAGCAAAUAUCAAAAUCCCUCGUCGCUGCAUUAAAGGGAUAUUCCAGCGUAAAACUAAGUUAGGGUCAAACACAUCGUAACACCAAGUUAGACACCCCCACGGGAGAUGAAUGUUGCUGGCCGCUAACUUUAGUAACGACCGCACAAUAGCAAUACACAGCCGUCUCAGGAGUCACGCGCUCAACCAAAAUGCCACUCUAUAGCCACAAAUAAUGCUCAGAACAGCACCUAACUUCAUCAACAGUACAUAUAGGGUCACAGCCAUAGCACUCGCCACCAAACAUCUUUUUAGCUUUGCCUAAUUUCUUUAGCACAGGGACUAAAAACAAAUCACCUACUCUCUUCCAGCAGCUGCUUGUUUGUACAGAGGCCUCUGGGCCAGUCCAUUACAGACUACAGCGGGGUGCCACAGCUCAAGGAAGAACAUUUCUGAUCAUUCCUUUAUCAUUUCCUUGAAGUAAUAAUCAUAAUACUCAUUUUGCACUGCAGACGCGGUAGUUCUCCUGCCUUAGCGCCUCGGUCUGAUUGCAUUUCCAUGACUAGAGAAGCAAAACAGUCAGCAAUAUUCAUCUCUUGACAGAGUGUCUAACUUGGUGUUACGGUGUGUUUGACCCUAACUUAAUUUUAAACCUGAAUAUCCCUUUAACAAAUGCAGGGUCAAAGACGAUACAAUGCAAAGACAAAACCAGAGUCUUAAAAUGUUGGUGAUGGCUCUGGGCCUGAGAGGAUCUGGAAAACUGUCCUGUGGUCUGACAGAUGGAUCAUGGAUGCUGCAUGUAUCUUGCAUGCAUCACAAAAGCGUGGCUGUGUUGUAGAAGAGUCUGCUUAGUCACUUGCCUGCCUGCAACCCUGACUUGUCACCCGUCAAAAACAUUUGAUGCAUCAUGACACAAAAAAUACCAACACAGGAGACCCUUAAGUGUUAAGUUUUACAUGCAUUUUAUACAACAUCCCAACUCAUAUAGAAUUGGGGUUGUAGAUCUGAUAUAUUCAGCCUAUUUGACCGUCUGUAGAGUUGUUGCAAGGAAACAUCAACGUGUCAAAAUCCUGGUGUUUACUGCAUCUACUGAGGCGGUUAAUUUAGUCUGAAUAUUAAUAGAGUUGCCAUUUUCGCAGAUGGAUGAAGCCCAGUCAUGUUUCUGCUGGCAAAGCUGAAGAUUUACCGUCAAUUUCCUGUUCGGCUAAUACUCAUUCAGACACAUGCUGGUACCUCUUGGCAAUCUCUUCUGUUACAUGGCGGCACCACCAGAUGAAAUAGAGCUGCAUGAAGUUUCAAAAGAAAGUGCUCCUUUUCAUACCCUCCCGUGAAGAUAUUUCAGCUGUGUGUGGAAAUGUUUUGGUGUGUAUUUGUGGUGGAAAUGAUGAUGAUGAAAGGAAUAUUAGCAGCCAGAAGAUGCUCCAACCAGAUCUGUGGAGCAUCAAAGCGGGCUGAUGAGGGAGGCAUGUCGAUGGUUUACAACAAGAGAUCCAGCUAUUAGAGGGAUGGUAUGGUACAGUGCGGAGUCAGUUAGAUUGACAAGAAAAUUGGAUUUCAAGGCUGCCCAUCAGGAGGGCAGGGUUCAUUCAGAGCUCUGUGCAGCUGCAGGCAUACUGAUUAUGAUAGGAGGCCUCUCUCUGUAUAUAGGGGGUUUAAAUGAGCCAAUACAGGGAGUCAGGAGGGGGCACACACACAUACUGCUACACAUUCAUUCAUAAAUACAUCUCACAAUAUAGGUCACAGCAAUUUUAUUUACGUAACAGCUGACAUAUUAAUGUUGCAGUGGUUGGUGAGGGUUGUUUCUUUUUCUGAUCAGGUCUGUUGGGAGCCAAUGGAAAAUGAAAUAAUAGAUGUAAAUGGGUCAUGGUGGUUAUGUGGAUGUGGCCCAGUUUAACAUUUAUUUCCAUUUCAAUGCAGGUGACCUGUUCUAGCUGCAUGGUCCAAUUAAUAAAAACACAUAAAGUGCCAGUUUAUUCCUCUGAUACGGAGCAGGCUGCUGGUAGAGGGGGCAAAUGCGUGAAUUUUUCAGCCCUGAAAUGUUAGAUCUUCAAACCGAGCUCUGGUUUUGUUUUAGGUGUCAGUAGAUCAUGAAAAUACAGAUCAGCCUGCCUCCUCUACUGAUGUGGCAAUGCCUUGUUCUCUACACAUGAAUACUGCUGCUGUUGGAGUUUGAUUGGUGAUGCUCUUUAAUUUCUUCCUCCUAAGAAGCGGAUGGUCUUUAAAGAGUUGUUGUUCUCAGGAAAGGAAGAAAAACGUCUAUCAGGGUGUUAAGAACGCUGUUCUUGCUUCGAUUGAAGGUGAUCCAUUUUACAUUGACCUGCUUUGAUUCAGCCCAUAGAUCCCUGGCACCAUAUUGACUCAAAUAUGAGACAAACUCCAAUUUCCUUAACUAAUUUAGGAGAAAAACUCAUGAAAAUGAGAAGGCUAUUUUACUUGAGAAUAACAAAAAAAAAAAAAAAAAAGGCACAAUGAAUAAACUAAAUUUUGAUUUUUUUUAAAAUAUAUUGAAUAAUGUCUUAAUUUUCUUUUAAAUGAAAUUGUCACAGAUAAAUAAUAAAAAAAUAAAAAAAAAUAAAAAACUAGAGAUGCACCGAUCCAUUUUUUUGCGUUCCAGUCCAAUACGAUACCUGGGCUGAGCGUAUCGGCAGAUAUCCGAUUCCGAUCCAAUACUAUUGUUGAGUGAAUGAACUGUAUACCUUGCCCUGUGAGUGAAGGCAUCAGGCUUGACAUUAGCCUUGUUAACAAAUUAACACAGAUAUAAAUUCACUAAAUAUUAUUUAUUAACAAAUAACAAAUUGCUCAUUAGCACACAGCAAAAAGAAGACUUCCAUGUGAUAAAAGACAAAUUAAUUAAAAGAAAACAAAGACUGGAUCGGAAUGCUGGAUCGGUGUCAUUCAUCAGAUAUGUGAUCCAGUUAAUUUGUCAAUAUCGGAGCCGAUAUCCGAUCCAAAUAUCAGAUCUGUGCAUCCCUAAUCCAUGCAUUGAAAGAGCAGAAAGAGUUUAUUUCUUAAUUAACCAAAACAAAAGGAAAAAUUAUUCAUCUUAUGGAUGCAAGAGCAGAUAAUUAUGUUUAUCCUCAAAACCAUAAAAACCAUAUUAUGCACCUCUGGUAUGAAUGUGAAGGUGAAAAGGAUUUAACUCCAUGAAUCAUAGAAAAAAAAUGCUGGUAAUCAAAGAAACAUAUUGGUAGUUUAUAAGAACAUAAAUGUCAGAAUAUCCUGCGUGCUGUGUUUUCAGGGAUGUGAAUUUUGCACACUCACACUGACGCACAUCUCAUGAGUGAAGCAGCAGUUUUCAUGUUGAGGAAUGUGGGCCACCUCCCCUGCUGCCUCCUGUCUCCUCAGCACUGUGGUUCAAAAUAUUAAAGUGUUAACACACAACUGUUCUCCUGUACGAGCAAAGCACAGAUUUUAAGGCUACAAACUGGCGUGUUUGAAUACCUCUGCAUUGCGGACAUUGAACAGCAACAAUAGAGUGAAAAGUACAUCUUUAACAGGUCAUGCAGGGUUAUCUUUCCAACAGAGGACAAAAGCUCAGUUAACGCUAUAAAUAUAGUUCAGUGUGUCGAGCCUGUAUGUGUGUCACUGUGUUUCUUUAUGCAUUGUGCCCCCCCAUCAACCUCCACCCUGCCACCCAUCACUCUAUUGAUUGUUUGGCAUCAAAAGCGUACACUGUGCCCCACAAUGCCCCUUUGGACGCCAAGCAAUCAAGCGCCAGUUAAACACACUGGCAGGGGAUGUAUUUUACGACGUCCUGUCUGUGCUGAACCCCCCACCUCUCCUUCUCCUUCUAUAUGUGAACAUUUCCAUCCAUCUGACAGGGUCAACAGGAAUGCAUUGUUGGUCUGCAGGAGAGCUAACAGUAAAGGCUAUUGUGCAGCGGUGAGAAUGCACACACCCUCUUCGCCCUCCUGUAUGUGUGUGAAAUAAUACAGACUAAUGACAUGACCAAAGCCGGGCUGGUCCCUACAUCCUGCUGUGUUUGUUAGCUCACGAUGCUUCAUGCUUGCAGGCUCCCAGGGUUACUUACUCGACUCUAAAAGCUGUCUCACCCUCCUCUCUUUCCUCCCCUGAGUCAUGGAGGCUGUACUAAAUUUAGCAGCCCUAAAAAAGUAAUGGUGUGGUAAGUUCUUACUGAGUUUGAACCCCACAAAUACCUCUCUCUCUCUCUCCCUCUCUGUCGGUCCCUCUGGUUGUUUCUUGCUCCCUCUCCUUCCAUUCUCAGUAAAAGGCUUGUCCGUGACUCACCCACAGCAGAGCGAGGGCCCGAUGAAUUAUUGAACCAAUGGUGGAGCCCUCAUAAAUUAUCUAACCGUGUGUCGCUGAAUGGAGUGGGGCAGCUCUGUGGAUUCAUCUCAAUUCGACCCUCAGUGUCAGCACUACCAAGAACUCUGUGAGGGUCUGAUAACACAACAGGGCAAACCUGGACACCAGCAGACACAUACACAGGCUCAUACAUUAUGAACUCUGCUAUACAGGCUUCUGUCUAUUAGAUUCAGCAGGAACAUGCUUGGCUGGGCUUUUAAACCAGGAAUGACUGUCACAACUCUACAUCGAAUCAUAGACAUGUUAGAAGUGUACAUACAGAGAAUCGACGUUCUGCAAACAUGAACGGUUUGACAAGUCCUGCAGGCAUCAUAAAUGCCAUGGUAUUAACAAUAGAUGAAUAUGCUUCACUCUGAAAGAUGCAUUUUGCUGUUUUAAUUGGCCACCUGAAAAAUUGACUGUUGUAUGAACGUCGUCUCAUUGAUGUUGGUUUCUGAUAUAGCGAUGCACAAUAUUAUCUAUAUCAUAUCAUAUAUCAAUGUUGGUUUUUAUAGUAGCUUAAAAAAAGUUAUUUUUGUGUAUUUGCAGAUAUAAAAACUUCUUCCUUAAUAAUUAUCACUUAGAAAGAUGAUUCACUGAUAAUGUGCAUUAGAUGACAGUUCACAUGUUGGUAGCAUAGAGGGGUUCUGAAGUGUUGGAAACAGGCUUGAUUAGAGAAGGAAUGUCAUUUGUGGUAGAAUCAAAUGUAGUUGACUGUUUUAUAUCUGGUUCUCAAAGAAAUUGACUCUGCCUUGGUAAAAAUCCCCCCCAAAAGGCAUGAAUAUAUUGGAAUUGAUAUCAAUAUCGGCCAAAAUGACCAUCAAUUUAUUAAAUUUCGGCAAAAAUUCAAUAUUAUGCAUUAGGGAUGGGCGAUAAAUUAUCAUUCACGAUUUAGUUUCUCCAUGAGAAAUAUUUGCCAUCUCACAAUAAACGCGGAAAAUGCAAGUUGAUGACAAAAGCGUGAGUGACGGGCUCACAGCUGUAGCCCACACAGAGCAGAAUAACAAACAAAUAUGGCCGAAGGUGGUGAAGAAGAUGUCUCUGAGGAACUUGUUGCUAAACGAGGCUCCACAUGAGGGGUUUCCUUCAAGAUUGGGGUUUAGACAAGUGCGAUCAGAUAUGCCUGACAUCGGACAGUAGAUCCGCUCUCUCUGUGCAAUAAGAGUUUUCAAUAAAUGUGGAAAGUGUUUACACAUUUCAGACUUAUUUGAUGUCACUAGUUUUCUCCAUAACCUACUACUUAAACUUGUGGUUAAGUAUUGUUGAAGUUAAUUCAAACUUCCCCGAGUCCGUUGAUGGAGACUGGAACAGAGGAUUCACUGAGGCAAAAAGGUGUCUUCAACAAACCUUUUAUUUCGGCACAUCAAAUAACACAAGAUAUCUUGGAGAGCACAACAUCAACCCAAUGGUAUCUCUGAGGUGGUCUGAUUACUAUUUUUCAGUAGUUAAUAUUUAUACCCUAGGAGGCGUCUCAUCAUCUUUUUGGGCGGAGAGUUUACAUAACCAGCAGCCCCCAGUGUUUCUCUAUGGACAAACAAGCACGUAUUGUUCUAUUUUUUUUACCUGACCGAAACUGUGGUUUCAGGGAAGUUGACCUUGGAUGCAUCCAGCGCUUGUCUCCUUUUAUCAUAUUUGCGUCAUGUAUUCCAAGCUUUCACUGAGUUCCCACUGGGCAGACUGCUGGGCAUGCAAACCCCCCUUUACACCUCCCCAUCUUCUCAGGACAGAGUGAUCUUCCUCCCUCGUCCUGUUGUUCACAUCUCUGACUAGCACCUGCACAUCUGUUUAUGAAAGGCACAUCAUUAUCUAAGGCAUAUGUCAGGGCCCUAGAGCACUUUUAUAAGGAACACUUUUAGUGAAUGGCUGUGAUGAUUAUAAAGCACACUUUUUAAUAAAUGACUGUUAAGGCAGAACAGUUUAAAACCAUACUUACCAACCCUUGGCACUUCUAGGCAUAAGCUAAAAUCCUUCUAUACUGAAAGUCUCUGUUCUAUACAUUGUGACACAGUGGUCAAUUGCCCCUGUGUUAGCUUUAAACUUUCUUAUCUUACUCAUCAGUACAUGUCCGCAAUGAGCACACAAAAUAAUGUAAACACAAUAAAAAAACAGUUAAUUACCUGAAACAAUGACUAAAUGAUUGGUAUGAUAUAUGAGUUCCCACAAAUUCCCCCUUUUGAUCUCUUCAAAGAGAUCACCUUCAAUUAGCGCAUCAACAGUGCCAGGAGUAUAAAUUUAACCGUCAGUACUUCCGCUAUGACUAGGUAAACAUUACUUUUGUUCGCAUGCAGGGCGGCAUCCAGGUCGGGGUCUACCACACUGAGGGACAGGUUAGUAUCAAGCUGUGGGCUGGGGGUUAGAGGAGGAGAUGGAAAACAACCGUGAGUAUUUUGAUUGCCAGAGGGAUACACAUCAAAUCUAUCAACCCAACAUUCAGAAGGAGUGGGAACCAUGACCUUUAAGUAAGUGAAAUUGACGGACACUACUGACACCCCCUUUUUGGCUGUCCUUCCCCCCCGGGGCGUGUAAGAAACAUCAUAGGUUAUGGAACCUUCUGCUUGUCGCCAAUUGUUACCAUCUCCGAGGGAGAGGCCAACUUUCACAGGAGUGUUUGGACCAGAGUAUUCGCAAGUAAUGGUCAGGGCUGUAGCAUUACCAGAGAUUGAUGGGCGGGCCAAAUAAGCAUCCUAACCGCGGAUGGGACGUGAGAGGUAUGUUGCAUCGUGUUUUGUGGCGUUUGUAGGCAACUGUGGGAACUCCCUAGUCAGCCCUAAAAUUAUAAGCAGCAAACCUAUGUUAAAUAAGACUAAAGCAAUCAACCAUGGCCAUGAGCCAAAUUUAGGAUGAGGGAUCCUCAUUUCGUUUCUGCAAAAUUCAACCCACAAAAGAACAUCGAGCAAUACAAUGUAAGUUAAUAACCAGAUAAAUGCCGAAAUAAAAGGGUGUGGAACAUACAGUGUGGAGCAUACAGGUAAAAAAUCUUCUCGUCUUGUACGACCUGACAGAUGAUCCGUCCGUGGAGGUCGCCCGGACAGGCAGCGUAGCGUCGUUGUCUACUGGAGCAGGUGUCAGCCGACGUCCUGCGGGAUGUUGUCGUCUUUCUUCAGGCGGUCAGGGGUAGACUACCCUGUGCCCUUUUCGUUGCAGGGAUUAUUCUGCCCUGUGUCUUUUCUGGAGGUGUGUGGCUCUUUGGUUUGGUUUCCUGCUGCAGCUGCUGCAAGAUCCUGCCGCACUUCCUUCAGGGAGCGUUGAGGUGUUACAGCUGGGGCGCACUGAGUGAGGUGGAACCAGGUGUCACCUUUCCCGUCCAGCCGGACUGCGUGGGAGGUUCUCUCGGUCACCUGAAAUGGUCCUGUCCACCUAGGCUCGCUCCACUUUCUCUUGAUGACCCGAAGGAGGACCCAGUCAGUGAUGGGUAGGUCACCGUCUUUGGUGCCGUCUUUGCUGUCUCGCACCUGCUUAGCAAAUUCAGAGAGAACAGAUUGCAGUUGUACAUAAUAAUCUUUCUGGUGCAUGUGAGAGGGAGGAGGGUCAGUGUUUUGCAGGGCUCGUUCUGGCCCUGGAAAAGGUCGACCACGUUCGAGCUCGAAUGGGGUGUGUCCAGUUGUCCUGUUUACUGAGGAUCGGAUGGACAUGAGGGCGAGCGGUAGAGCAUCCACCCAGUUCAGCCCUGUGUGGGCACAAAUCUUUGACAGCCUGUUCUUGACUGUCUGGUUCAUCCUCUCAACCUUACCCUGAGAUUGAGGAUGGUACACGGACCCAAAACCAUGUUUAAGUCCCAACAUGGCCUCCACGUACUGGAGGUCCUGGUUCUUGAAGUGUGACCCAUUGUCCGACCUGAUCUUUUCUGGGAAGCCAUGCUGUGGGAUGUAAUGGUUGAUGAGACACUUAACUACUGAUUUGCUGUCCUCUCUUUUCACUGGCCAUGCUUCUGGCCAUCCUGUAAAUGCAUCAACACACAUCAAAACAUACCUGUACCCUCGGACUGAGUUAACCAUAUCUGUAAAAUCAAUGAUGAUUUCUUUCCCUGGACGUGUUUUUAGUUGGAACUUACCCACCCCGGGUUUGUAUGUAGGUCUGGUGUUGUGGUGUGUACAAACAGUGCAGUGUCUUACCCACUCCUUUAGCAUGUCAUGUAGGAAGGGGUGCCACCAUUCUUUGAGGUCCACUUUCAUCUGGGAGAUGCCUGCAUGGCCAACUCCAUGUGCUUCUGAGAAGAUACUGUCUUUGAGCCCAGGUGGCAGAACCAACCUUCCAUCUGGGGAUCUCCAGGUCCCUUCCGAUAGGACUGCGCCUCUGAGUUUCCACACUGUCUUCUCUUCAGGUGAGGCUAGGUCCUGUUCUUUUGAGAUUUCUGUAAGGGACAGUUUUGUCAUUUGUGUCUCUGUGUCUGGUCUUACCAACAGGAGCUUCUCAUGAUAUCCUGCGGCUGCUUUGGCUGCGGAGUCCGCUGCUUGGUUGCCCAUGGCAACUCUGGAUCCGCUGUUGUCGUGUCCUUUGCAUUUGAUGAUGGCUACCUUCUGGGGAAACCACAGUGCUUUUGCAAGCUCUUUCAUUUCAUCCAUGUGUUUAAUGGGUUCUUGUUUUGCAGUUAGGUAGCCCGCUCUCAUCCAUUGUCCUAGGUCUACUUGUGCUGCAUGUACUGCAUAGGCUGAGUCAGUGUAAAUGUUAAUGUCUUGGUCUUUACCUGCUUUCAGGGCUUCAAUCACUGCCACGACUUCUGCUCUCUGGGCUGACUGUGGUCCAUUGAGCUUUUGUGCUGUUACCGUCUUGAGUCCGUCUGGUGUUUCUUCUAUCACCGAGAAUCCUGCUCUGAGUCCCUCCUUCUCAUCUCUGUAGCAGCAUCCGUCUGUGUAUAGGUUUCUGGCCCCUGGGAUGGGUUCCGUCUGGAGGUCUUCUCUGGCUUUUUCUUCUUUUUCAACCCUGUGGGCACACUCAUGCAACACACCUUCCCCCAAACGCUCAGCCAUGUUAACACCUUCAUGAGUGAAUAGCAAGUUUGGGGCUUCGAGAAUGCGAGCGAGUUUUUGCUGUCUUGUGGAGGACAUCGUAAAAGUUUGCGAGUUCACAUAAGCUACAACGCUGUGUGAUGUCAAGAUGUGAAGUGUGUGUCCCAUAACUAUGUGUGCGCUUUUGUUGAUGAGUUUGGCAACACCUGCAGCAUGUCUUGUGCACGUUGGUUGACGUUUUUCUGUGGGGUCAAGGAUGACACUGAGAUACAUCAGUACCGUUCUCUCUCCCCCUUUUUUCUGGAACAGAAUACCGUUAGCAACAGAUUCUGUUUCAGAAACAUCCAAAAAGAACGGGCGCGCGUAGUCGGGGAGGGCCAAUUCGGCGGACGCAGCGAGUUCUUGUUUGAGUUUGAUAAAAGCUUCUUCCGAGUUGCGGGACCAUGUCAGAUUCGCAUUCAGAUUUCUCAUACCUGCAGAGGUGACCAUGGCUCUCAGCGGAGAUGUGAGAGUGGAAAAAUCAGGUAUGUACUGCCUGCUGUAACCCACCAGACCGAGAAACGACAGCAUAGCUUUGACAGUGUCAGGCUUGGUGUGGUGCAGAAUGGAUGUGCGGUGGGCGGGGGACAAUGAGGCCCCCUUUUGUGACAGUAGUCUGCCGAGGAAAGAAACUUGUUUCCGCGCGAUUUGCAACUUAGGUUGACUGACCUUGAACCCGUGGCGGGCCAGGAGUAGGAGCAGGGCCCGUGUGGCCUGCAGGCAGGACUCGGCUGUGGUGGACGCAAUGAGCAGGUCGUCGACAUAUUGAAUCACUGUGGUGCCAUCGGGCAGCUGCAGGUCAGCCAAACUCUCUUUCAGAACCUGGUUAAAGAUGCCAGGGGAGAGGGCGAAUCCCUGUGGGAGGCGGGUGUAACGGAGUCUGCGACGCUGGUAGGUGAACGAGAAGAUGUCCCGAACGUUCUCAUGUAAAGGGAGACAGAAAAAAGCGUUAGCAAGAUCAAUACAUGUGAACCAUGCUUGUUCGGGAGACAGAUUGUUCAGAGCAACAUAUGGGUUUGGCACCGGGACCGUAUUGGUCCCUAGAAUCUGAUUGAUGGCUCUGAGGUCAUGGGCCAUACGGUACUGACCGGUGCCCUUCUUUUCAAUUGGUAGAAUGGGUGUGUUCCAGCAGGAGUUGGAGGGUUCGAGGACACCAGAGUCUAACAGGCCUUCUAUGGUGUCCUGAAUGCCCAAUUCUGCCUCUCUUUUGUGAGGGUACUGUGGCACCCAGACCGGAGAGUCAGUAUUCAGCUGGAAUGAGAUAGGUUUACAGUGGAUCAAUCCGACAUCGGUUGGACCCUCGGCCCACAAUGAGACUGGGAGGGAGGAGAUAAGCUCCUGUGCUUUUGGAUGAUCAGAUUUUUCUCUACCAUGGUCUCUAGGUAUGAGUUCAUGUGUGCAUAAAGCAGAGUCAGUGGUAGUACUCACAAUUCUGAACAUUUUCAGGGACGGAGAGCGGAGCACGCCAGGCAGGCCGGAGGAAGACCAGUCUGAGGCUAAGACUGCUGCUUUGACCAUGGGGCCCAAUUCGCGAGCCUCAUGUCCCGGAUGGAGAGCCAGCGAAAUGUGGGGGAAAGCAGUCUCAGACAUAUUAUACCAGGACUGUUGCUCUCUUGUGAGAUUAACCAUUGCCGCAACCCCCUGUUGUCCCACCAAAAUGUCACCAGAAUGUAGCUGCCAGGUCUUACCUUCUAGCUGAUUUUGGAAUUCCUCUAGGUAACAUUCAUUACCCUCCCGGUCGUAGAACAGAGUCAGAUGGAGCGGGUCAGGUGGAGCCAUGUAGGGGUGGACGCUGAGGAUCCAGGGUUUCCAAUGGAGAUAACAUGAGUAGAGCCCAGUUUGUGAUGGCUCCAACAGGGCCCAGAAAAUGUCUGCAAAUCUAGGUUCAGUGUCUCUGAGGAGGUACUGGUGUGUGUCCCCAAUCCCUUGUGCACAUAGAACUUCAGUCCCAUCCGGGAACGUGACAGUGAGGCCCUGCUGACCGCAGAGGAUCUGUGCAUUGAGUCUCGAGAGUAGGUCCCUACCCAGGAGAUUGACUGGAACACUGGGAGACACUAGAUAGGGGUGUUGUAAUUUCUGUCCCGCUACGUGUGUGGGGAGGGGGAUGGUAAAUGACAGAAUCUGACUUACCCCAGAGAAACCCACCACGCUCAUCGUCCGUCCAGACAGAGGCCCAAUGUCCUGAUUAACCGUAGAUCUGGUAGCCCCUGUGUCAACGAGAAAGGGCAGAGCGUGGUCCCGGACCGUCAUGGACAGCAUGGGCUCUGCCGUUACCCCGCUGUCCGAGUCGCUCUGUGGGGCGUGUCAUUGAGGAUACUGGUAGGCGUCCUGAGCCUCCCAGGUCUGGUCCCAGGCAGUGACUGCGACUGGAAACUGGUGGGCCUGCUGCUGCUGCUGCUGUUGUGGGGGUGGUCCUCCCUGUCUCAGCGGAGGUGGUCCACGGGCCAUGCCACGCAUCGGGUAGCUGUGUUGCUGCGGAGGGUUUGGUGGAUAGUUUGGACAUUCACGCCACCAGUGUCCAUUCAUGCCGCAGGAGUGGCAGGCGUUGUUGCGUGUAGGUGCUGUUUGUGCCUGAUUCCAGUAACCGCCCUGGCGGGGAGGGCCGUUGUUACGAAAUCUCCUGUUGCCCUGGAAACCUCCUCCCCUGUAGGGUCCACCAGACCUCGCUCCACGUCCUCUGCCCCACGAACCCUGAGAUUGAUCUGUGGGAGGAGAAUAGGGAGAACAAUCUGCCCGCUGGGGCACUGGGUACAUGUCAGGUGAAAUCUGUGGGUCGUUAGAGGCAGCGGCAAUCAUAAUUUUAUCUGUAUUACGAUCUUUCUUACCCUCAGUGAUAUUUCUCCGAGCCUGGGUGAGCUGCAGCUUCAUAAGUUGUCUCUGCAUGUCUUUGUCAUCAUCACCUUCUUUGUCAGCUCUGUCUUUCGCUCUCUGUAGGUGGUGUUUGAGAUGUCGUUCCCACACCAGGCAGGUUGAGCCCGGAAGGUCUGGGCUGUUUUCCAAGUGUUCUCUAACGUCUGCUGGAACACCUUUAAUUACAGCAUCUCUAAACCAAUGUUCCUGGCCCUUACUGGGGUGAACCCCUGUGCAUUUGGACCAUUGUUCCUUGCACUGGGCUAGAUACUCGCUAGGAGAGAGACUUUUGUCCCAUGAGAACUUGGGGAUCAUUGGACCGUUGGGAAGCGGGUAUUUGGAACGGAGCUCGUUACGCAGAGCCCUAAUUACUGUGACUAGCUGCCUGUCAUCAUUGCAGGAAAUGGUGCCUGCACAGGUUUCGAUGUCCCUGAGUUCGGUAGGGGUGACACAGAGCGCGAGAAUAGCCCUGAAAUCGCCGAGGGCUAGAUCUUGGCCUUUAGUCAGGCAGUCCAAUUUGUCCAGCCAUAAGUUGCCUCCCUCAGAGAUGGGGGGCAGCUUAUCACUGAUGGUUUGUGUAUCGCUAACAGCGAAUGGUUUAUAGAUUUUGUGUCCACCACUGGAUUCAACCAGAGGGAAAGCGGAGGAGCUGUGGUGUGCUGUAGCUGCGUCUGGAUAUGCUGGAGGUAACAUGGCUUUUGAGCGUGUGAAGUGAUGGUGGCUGAGAGGUGCACUCACCCUUUUUUCGUUCGUCAUACGCUGCUGUUCCUCUAGGGUGGCAGUGGGUCGGGCCAUGGCUUCACUGGCGUCCGUGUUAUCCGUAUAGUUGACGGUGGAGCCUCUGGUGGUCCUCUGCAUCUCAUCUCUCAUGGUGCUGAGCAUUUCGUCUCUCACUUCCUGUCUGAGUUCCUCCUCCACUCUGCUGCGCAUGAGCUCUGCACCUGUAACAUCUAGGGUGUCUUGCAGUAUUUUAUUGAGAGUGCUCUUGGUAGGAUUGGGGUCAUAUGUACCUCUUACCGUGAGUUGGGCUGUGCAGGGCAAACUCUGUGGACUCUGUGGGCCUCUGUUCGGGGACGGUAUCACCGUCUUAUCCUGUCCCCUGGGGGUGGAUCUCUGCUGUGGCUCAGGAGCGGGCAGUGAAUCUGGUGUGGGCAAAGAUUUAAAUUGUAAUUCUUUUUUAAACUCACUCAAAAAGCGGGCCUGACGGUCUCCGAAUGGUGCAUCGAGCUGGUCCUCCUCUUCCUCCUCCUCGCUGUCCUCGGCUUCAGAGUCGCUGUCUUCAUCCAUGUCUCUGUAGGUAUUGUUGCCUUCUCUGUCCUCGUAGUCUGAGAGGUCGAUGGUGGUGGUACCAGAAGUCCUAGAGGCCAUGGAUGGUGCCUUGUGUCCAGGAAUGUGAGAAGUCAGGGAGGGGUCCGGCUGUUGAGGCAUCAUGGUGGGGGGUAUGUCAAUCUUCAGAUGUCCUUCAUUGAUGUUGAUCACUGGGUAGAGAGAAGUGCUCACAAAAGGAUUAGUGGGUGAGAGUUUUUUUCUGUGAAAACCAGACUGAGCGGAGUGGUAAGGUGGGGGUCGAGGCGGAGCUUUGGGAGGCGGAGCUGUGGGAGGCGGAGCUGAGGGGUGGAGACCUGAGAAAGGAUUCGUUCGUUCAGCGGUGGGAGGAGGCAGGAUAGAGGGAGGGGUAGCUGGUGGAGGCGGAGCUGGGGUGGCACCCUUUGUGUUGGUGGGUGUGUCCUUCUGUGUCUUACUGUGUGUGUGUGCUGAUUUGAAUAAUCUCAUGUCUGUAUUUGGGGUGGGGGUAAUCCCUGUCAAACCUUUCUCAGCUGCCUUAUUUACAUUAGUAAGAUGCUCUGUCCCUCUGUGGGCUACUCCCAACGUCUGCCACCUAGCAAGUCUUCUAAAAUGCUUUUUUACGGCCUGUUUAUAUUUUCUGCGGAGCAAAAUGCUGCCUAGCGCUGCUUUCUUCCUUGCUGCUUCUCCUUUUGCUAGCUCUUCUUUCCCACGUGCCCAGAUGAGAUCUCCUAGUGAGGAUCUUUCAUUUUCUCUCCCUUCGAUAAGCUCUUGCAGCAUAUCAGCAUACUUUUCCCUCCCUUUCGCUGUCACCACAACUCCAUCUUCUUUCCCUAUGCCCUUUAAGAUCCACUCUGCCUGUAGAGAUAACGGGCCCCACCCAUCAUCAUCUACCUCACGAUCAAAUUCACCAUCCAUCCCAACAACAGCAACGUCUCUUUAAUGGCCGGCUGGUUUGUAUGACACUUCCGUUUCGGGCAACCAGCCUUAUUGGAGGCCUUCACAAAGCCGGUCAGUUUGUAUGACACGUUCGUUCCGAGCAACGGACCCUUUCAGUGUAGUACUGAGACACUUUGUGUGAGGUUUUCUCCAAGACACCACUUUGAGACAAGUUCAAUUUUCAGCAUAUAUGUGGUCAAAACAGUCACAAUUCACGCACAGGCUUCAAUAAUGUCACACAGUAGAGAGAAAGUUAUUCUCCACUGAACUUUUUCUGUACGGCAGAACUCCUCGCACAGGUUUCAACUGUAUCACACAGCAGAGAGAAAGUCAGUCUCCACUAAAUCUUUCUGUGCGGCAUAUCACCUCGCACAGAAUUCAACAAUAACACAGCAAAGACAAAGUCAGUCUGUACUGACUUUUGGUGCGGCACAGCUCCUCGCACUAAUUUUAACAAUCACGCAGCAGAGAGAAAGUCAGUCUCCACUGAAUCUUUCUGUGCGGCAUAUCACCUCGCACAGAAUUCAACAAUAACACAGCAAAGACAAAGUCAGUCUGUACUGACUUUUGGUGCGGCACAGCUCCUCGCACUAAUUUUAACAAUCACGCAGCAGAGAGAAAGUCAGUCUCCACUGAAUCUUUCUGUGCGGCAUAUCACCUCGCACAGAAUUCAACAAUAACACAGCAGAGAGAAACUCAGUCUCUACUGAAUUUUUCUGUGCGGCAUAUCACCUCGCACAGAAUUCAACAAUCACGCAGCAGAGAGAAACUCAGUCUCUACUGAAGUUUUCUGUGCGGCAUAUCACCUCGCACAGAAUUCAACAAUCACGCAGCAGAGAGAAACUCAGUCUCUACUGAAUUUUUCUGUGCGGCAUAUCACCUCGCACAGAAUUCAACAAUAACACACACUUCUUUUCGGGGGGCUCCAAGUCCCCGGGGUUUGCAACCCAGCUCAACUAGCGCCCCGUCGAGCCACUAGGGGGGUCCGCCACAACCCAGAGCGGUGGUCCUUAUGACUCUUUUCGCGGCCUUCACACCGGCUUCUCUUAAGUUUCACUUUUCAUUUCACACAUAGUUACUCUCUUCGUCAGAACACAGAAUAUCACAAGAUGUACCAGUACAAUAUCAUGAGCCUCGUAAUAAAUUUAGGAUUCAGUAUAUACAGAGUUCAAGAGAUCUUUGAUUUAGAGUAACACAAAUAGGCAGAAAUUCUGUUAAAAAGGUUUUCUGCUUACCUUAUUUUGUGGUCGACCAGAUCUCUUUUCCUCUGAUGCACUGAACAGUUUUCUCCAAUUCAAAAAGCUCUGUCAGAACUCCAUCCCGGACGAGCCCCCAAAAUUGUUGAAGUUAAUUCAAACUUCCCCGAGUCCGUUGAUGGAGACUGGAACAGAGGAUUCACUGAGGCAAAAAGGUGUCUUCAACAAACCUUUUAUUUCGGCACAUCAAAUAACACAAGAUAUCUUGGAGAGCACAACAUCAACCCAAUGGUAUCUCUGAGGUGGUCUGAUUACUAUUUUUCAGUAGUUAAUAUUUAUACCCUAGGAGGCGUCUCAUCAUCUUUUUGGGCGGAGAGUUUACAUAACCAGCAGCCCCCAGUGUUUCUCUAUGGACAAACAAGCACGUAUUGUUCUAUUUUUUUUACCUGACCGAAACUGUGGUUUCAGGGAAGUUGACCUUGGAUGCAUCCAGCGCUUGUCUCCUUUUAUCAUAUUUGCGUCAUGUAUUCCAAGCUUUCACUGAGUUCCCACUGGGCAGACUGCUGGGCAUGCAAACCCCCCUUUACACCUCCCCAUCUUCUCAGGACAGAGUGAUCUUCCUCCCUCGUCCUGUUGUUCACAUCUCUGACUAGCACCUGCACAUCUGUUUAUGAAAGGCACAUCAUUAUCUAAGGCAUAUGUCAGGGCCCUAGAGCACUUUUAUAAGGAACACUUUUAGUGAAUGGCUGUGAUGAUUAUAAAGCACACUUUUUAAUAAAUGACUGUUAAGGCAGAACAGUUUAAAACCAUACUUACCAACCCUUGGCACUUCUAGGCAUAAGCUAAAAUCCUUCUAUACUGAAAGUCUCUGUUCUAUACAUUGUGACACAGUGGUCAAUUGCCCCUGUGUUAGCUUUAAACUUUCUUAUCUUACUCAUCAGUACAUGUCCGCAAUGAGCACACAAAAUAAUGUAAACACAAUAAAAAAACAGUUAAUUACCUGAAACAAUGACUAAAUGAUUGGUAUGAUAUAUGAGUUCCCACAGUAUCUUAUUUGACCAUGCCAAUUGAUGUUCUCAAGACAGAAUGAGUCAAAAACAUAGAUAGGAAUUAUAAUAUUUUUAUUGAGACUUUUAUCAUUAUCACCAGAAUGGCAGAAUUUACUGUGAUAAAUUUUUUAGCCCUAUCGCCCAACCCUAUUCAUCCCUAAUUCCUGAAUAGAUGAUAAGAGAUUAGAGCAAACUGCUACAAAGCCCAAUCAAAACAGCCACGACCCUGGGUAAUACUUGACGGUUGGCCUUAGUAUAAUCAAAACAGAAGAGUCAUACAAUAGUUCUCAGAAUAAAGAAUGCAAAACCAUGAGUUGUAUCAGGCUUUAAACAUUUUCCAUUCUGCUGUAAAGCUUUUCAUUUUAAUGUAGGGGCUGAUGGUCUUUUCUUGGCAUUGGAGCCAGCCUCUAAUCUACCUGGGCAAUAAAUGAGAAACUUUAAGGCAUAUCUGGAUUAUAGUAACGAGUAGAUCUACUAAAAAAAACAUCACCUAACAAAUCUACUUUAGACUGUUUAGACCAAAUUGAUGAUGAUUGAUUCCAUAAGAAGAGUGAAUGACUGACUCUAACUGUUGUGGACAACAUAUAUACUUUGGCAGCACUUACCGUUACAGUGUGUAAGCCACGGUACGGUUUCACAUCCGCCAUGACAGAUUUAUACAGCAGAGAUACUGUAUGUUGUGGAAUGUGUUUCUCAGGUUCAUGUGCAGUUCUUUUAGCAGCUUCAACAUCAUCAUGAAAAUCUCGAUAAAUAAUUCAGCGGUCUGUCUGAGCUUCAUCUGAUUUGCAAAGAAACCAAGAAUAAAUUUUCUCUCCUGUUAUCAGCAUCUUCAAGCCAGAAUGAUCAAUGUGUUGGAUAUGCAACUCUGGGUAACAGAAAAUGAGAUUCACAGCUCCACUUUGCAGCCAAAUUUGGCAGUGGUUACUUUCCCUCUCUUGUCAUCUUGCUGGUUAUCAGACCGCCCUCCUAACUUGCGGAGGUCAGCACAUUCAGCGGUCAGAGUUUAACUUAGUUGAGCUCUGUGUCCAAAAUCUAUCAGGAAACCAAUGUGACUGCACAUCUCUAAUGGAAAGUAAUAGCUCUGCUGGCAUGGACACUUCCACUAUUGAAUAACCUGCUCUGCUCCUGCAGGCAUUUGGCAGUCACAGCAGCAUUCAAACAGCUAUUAAUGAAUGUUAGAGAGGAUUUAAACAUGCUCUGUUUGGCAGUGAUCACAUACUGUAAUAAAUAAAUAUAUAUGCUUCAACUUUAAUGCACGCUCCUAUUUCUGUCUCUGAUUUAUGCCUUCCUGCUUAAGCUGUAGUGAAUCUUUGGAGCUGAUGAAUAUUGAAGAAACAUUUCAGCUGUGUUAAAUGUUUUAGCAUGUUUCUGUUUGUGAUAGCAAGAGCUUUUGAGAUGCAAAACAGCAGGUGUUUAGUGAACACUCACCCCCCGCAGUUAGGGGGCUGCUUUGACCGAUAAUGGCUUUACUGGCACCUGGGAUAUCACUACUUCUCCACUCUUGCUUUGUGCUCUCAAGGUGAAUGGUGGAGCGAGACCAAAAUAAGCAAAGUGAGUACGUUCUGGGUGUCGGAAACAGAAGAAAGAGGAGGCUUCGGUCUAAUUUUGGCUGUGAGAUUGUUCUGGAAGUGACCCAUAUUUGUCUGUGUCUGAGUGUGUUCUUUGUGACUCUGUUUUUAUAGACAGAGAGAGACGUCUGGCUGAAACCUGCAUGGUGCCUUAUCGUGAAUGUUAUUCCCACUGAAAGUCAUGUUUGUAGGAUGGCCCCCCAAGUCUCUCUCCAUAUGCUAAUCGGUAAAUGCCAAACACAUGAACCAGAAUGCUGUCGUGCAACACAACACAGCAGAUGACGAGUAGCAGAGCCUGUGUGCAGUGUUUAUGCAUGUUUCCUGAUGCAUUGCCCAUUAAAAUGGCUCAUUCUGAUGACACAUGUUCCUCUGACAGAGCAGAAGAUCUGAUUAGAUUGAGAGUGUCCUGCUGUGUGGAUAAUUGUGCAUUUUAAUGAGGUAAAUAAAGACUUUGAAUAAAACCCAUCCUGUUGGUGUGGUCAGACAAGUGCAAUUUGGUGGUGCAGAAAUAUCUAAAAAUCUAUCUCUGUAAAUUAUUUAUAAUGGGUGAAAAAUAUUAUAUUGAUUUGUGUCAAUCUAAUUCCUCACUGGGAGCCAAGAUGAGGAUGUCGACCUCUGCCAUCAAUAACACUCAUGUUUAUAAUGAAGAUGAAGGUCAGAGUGGUAUGGAGAGAAUAAAUGUAGCAGCAGUAAUAGAAUACAGACGUGUGAUAAUUUUCAAAACAAGCCCACCUAAACAACAGAGUAUGUUGAUGAUGUAAUGCUGCGUCCCAGUUACCUCAGAAGUCGGAGCUGGGAAUGGCGUUACAUCCGAGUUGACGGUAUUCCAGUUAACAAAUUGGAAAACCAAGAUGGACGCCUACAGUUAACCAUUGUUAGCUGUUGUUUACAGUUGUUAGCUGUUGUCAGCUGUUGUUAGUUGUUGUUAGCUUUACCAGUUGUAAACAAUGCAAAACACAGUAUUUUACUCCACAAACACCAUAGCACCGUGUUCACAGUUAGACGUUGGGCAGCACAACAUAUACCACUGUAUUUAUUUCACUAAAACAAAACAGAAAUGCUAAUAAAUAAUACAUUACGAGAGCUUUCACCAUUACCCUUUACUGUUGAUGGGGUUGGCAAGGAUCGUCCGACUUUCCGAGUCGGAAAUCUGACUUCAGGGGGUCGUUCCAGGUGAAUUUCUGACUCUGAGCUCGGAAAUCCCAAUUUCCGAGUACAACUGUUCCUCAACAGUGAGGAAUUAGAUUGACACAGCAUAAGCCCCCCAAAUCAGUAUUUUUGACAUCACAAUGCCUCUUUAGGGACUUCAUGUCGAGUGAUGAUACAGGGUCAUCUUAUCUGUUUAUUCACAUAUAAAAAACUGUGACAAACUAUAAUUGCAACUCUAAACCCCGACAUGCACCACAAGCUUACCCAGGCAAAAGUGCGGCUCUAGUUUUUUCUUGCUUUCCAAAACUGUUAUAAAAAUUAUCCUGUUUUACUAAAUGAGAACCUGACAGUAAGAGUGGGGCUAUGGGUCAUUAGUGAAUGAUCAGGAUCAUAAGGCUGCAAUGACCAAAGCCAAGGGUGCUGCAAAAUGAAUCGAUUCAUGCUGAUAGUGGGCACAGGCCCUAAUGUUUGGCUUGACUUCAUCACUAGGCUGGUAGUGCAUGCAACUGUCUGACUCUGUCCAGCUUCACUGUAGGGAUACAUGCAGCAACACAUUUUUCAGCACCCAUAUCAUAGAAAAACACUGUCUGAAAUGUAUUAAACUGAGUAGGAUAGCUCUCCAUCUGAGUAAAGUGAAAGACAUCCAUAUAAAUGUAAGACACGCCAAGGUGUCUUCUGAUUCAAAGGAUGUAAUUGAAUUAAACGGAUUAGCUCAGGAUUGGCCUCCUAAGUAAACCUGAUGCAGCUGUCUGUAUUUAUCACACCAGGACUUGUUUACAGUAUCAGUUCAGUGCAUCUGUACUUAACUACUUUCUUCCCUCUAUUGUCAAACUGCACCAGCAAAAAUAAUGAAAGUAAUCUGUAUUAAACCAGUACAGUUUAAAAUCAUGCUUCAUGCAAAUAGACGUGUAGCAUUUGCAGUUUCCCCUCAUGGGACUAUUAAAGGAACAUCUUAUCUUAUCAUUUAGGUGUGUCAGCAAGAAUUAGGCCAGUGUGUCUGCCUGUCAAUCAAGUCCAAGUCAGUUUUUUGAACCAGGGUGUAAAUGUGUUUAUCUUUCCUCUAAUGGUUUUCUUUUUUUGGCUCAGUGUGUAUGUGGUUUCCAGUGCUUCUGCAGCCCACCUCAAGUGGCCACUUGGGGAACUGUGGUUUUUAGCACUUCCACAAUUGCUUCAUUUCUCAGGACUGGUUGCCGCUUUGUGUGACCAAAAUCUAUGAGUGGUUUCAGGCAUCAAAACCUUAAUUGUCAGGCUUUUGCUGAUUGUCUUGUUUGUUUUUGUGGCUCAUAAAGGUGCUACUGUAAAUUGUAGUCCUUUUCAUAACCAGUUAAAAACUCCUAAGUGUACAUGAAUCAUUCAUCAACAAAAAUCCCUGAGUCACCGACAUAAGGAUGGUCAAUGAAUUCAAGUAAAAUCGGGAAAAGUUGUCUAAUAAAAGUACAAGGAAUAAAUUUCAAAGUAGUCUCUGAAUCUGCUGAUCUGAUUUUCUCGGGCAGCUUGUUCCACAGCUUUAGGCCCUUUUUCUGUGAACGCUCUGUCACCCCUAAUAUUCAGCUGUGCCUCGGGGACACAUGAAAGAUAACUUUUAGAUUUAGAGAGGUGGUAAGAGCUUUUCUAUUCUUGAAUUUAGACAGGAUAUCUCCUGUGCAGGGUUUGUUUGAUCCUGCCUCUACAGAGAGGAGAGGCAUGAAGUGUUUUUUGUUGUUGUUCGUCAAAAAUUAAAAGGUUUUUUGACAGAAAAGUGUGGAGAAUUUGUGAGAAGUCCAAAGUGUGGGGGAUUGCUUUAACGUGAGAAGUAGUGUAUGUGAUCCAGGUCAUCAGCCACACAGAGCAGCUGUCACUUCCUCUGACUGUAGGGCAGAAACGAGGCAGAUUCAGGGAUUAAUGGAGUGUCCAAACACGGCCGGGAUGAUAGCACAGCAGCAGCACCUGCUUGUGUGCACUUUGGUGUGUCUGUGUUUGUGUGUAUCUGUAGCAGAAAACACCUCACAACUCAAGUCCCGACAGCCAGCCGCUUCCCAGGUUUCCAUGCCAACCACAAGGGCUGUUCACGUUGGAGCAUGCUCAGUUUGGCUCCCUGUCGUUGUAACAAUAGCCAGUGAGAGGGCUCACACUCACUCAGUCACACACGCACACACUCCCUGACACACACUCUACUCCAGCUCGCAGUGGGAGCGAGACGGAGAGGAGAGGGCUGCCUGCUGCGCUGACGGAGCUCACAACACACAGCAACCAGCAAACACACACUCCAUCUUAACAAAGGUGAGCACGCAAGCAUGCACAAUUUGACUGCUUUUAUUUCUCUUUGUUUGAGAAUUUGUCAGGUUUGUAGCUUUGCAUUUUUGAACGAAAGAGCUGCAGAGUGGAGACAAGUGUUGCUGCUGGAAAAACUACAUGUAAAGAGGAAGCAUGUGCUCUGCUUUCUUAGAGUCAAACUGCAUGGUUUCUCUCUUUUUUGUAUAACAGUGUAUGUUGCAUCCUAGCUUAGUGGAAGUGGUCUCUUUAUUUUAUGAAUGAUGCAAGCAGGCUGAAUAUUUUCUCCGCUCAAUCGGAGGUGUAGUAGUUGACAAAGCAGGGUCUCUGCUCAAUAAUUCAUGCUGCCUUGUAUGGAGGAAAGUCAGGGGAUGACAGCAGGUGUAAUGUGAUGCUUUGCAUGGACACAGAUAGGUCUUUUAUGUGCCUAUGACAGCACAGCUCAGUUUUACAACCUUCUCUUUGCUUAUUCAGAUCUUUAAUUUGGUUAUCAAGCAUUUUAGAGCCUCUUUAAAUGCUUACUUUAUCUGCAGAUAGAGCAUAAAAAAGGAGAAUUCUCUACUCCUAAAAGAGAUGGAUGAAAAGACCUCAUCUUGUGUCUGAAAUUGUUAUCUGAUCUGCAGUUAAAGGGAGUGCGAGGAGCGUCUCCUCAUGCCUGUUCAACCCUCUUCAACCUGAGUGUGUUUGUGGUGUGUGAGUGUUCAUCAGGGGCGGUCAAAGCGAGAUGUAUCUUCAAUCUUUCCGGUAGUCUCGCCCCAUUUCUCUCUCAGAGGCACACUUAGAGGUUCAGACACUUGCUGAGAGUCUCUUCCCGCCCGCCACAAGAUUAAUUGAUGUGGCUGAUGAAUUCCCGGUUGGUCGAUAGCGUAUUCCUCUACAGCUUGAUAGCUCCUGUGUGUGUUUGUGUGUGUUGAUGGCUGUUUGGAGGGGAGCGUGAAUAUGAUCUGGACAGAUUUGUGGUCUCAGAUGUGAAAUAGAGGUGCAGUCAGGGCUGUCUGAUGCAAUCUGAAUCAAUAUGAUGAUUUAUGUUCAUUAAAAGUUCAAUUUUAAAAACAACAAAAUAUUAAAAUUUUCUAUAACACGCCCUUUUUUAGACAUAGGAGUUCUUAAGAAUGUAUCAGUACCAUGCUUACUUCCAUUUAAAGACAUUUUGAGAGCACACUGAGUGAUGUGUGAGUCAAUAAAUACCACUUUAUUUAUAUGGAAAUAUUCAAAGCUCCUGUGUCAGUUUUGGCGCCCCCUGUGGAUAAAGCAGUCUUAUCAUAUCCUCUUCGUGCUUAAGGGCUUUCCUCUGACAAAAAUUCUCAUCCUGCUGACUUUUGACUGUUACAUUUUUUAUUUAUUGUGAAUAUUUAAAGCUUUCAGUAAAAAAUUUUGGUUUGUGUCAGAGUUGGCGCCCCCUGCUGGAAAAAGCUGACUUGCUUAUCUUGUCCUUUUUAUGCUUGAACACUAUCUUCAGCUGCUUAGCUAACACCUACCCCCCUCAAAUCAGCUUAAAGCAAUAAAAAAUUAUCAGUAUUAUGGCAUAAGUAUGAAUUUCAGGGGCAUGUCAUCUGAACAAGUUGUCUAUUUAUUCAUCUAUAUGUCAUGUUCUAACAGUACGAUCUAUUUGGAGUUGUGUUUUUGUGUCUGUCUGAUUUGGCCUCCACCAACUUUUGGCAGAAAAUAUCUUAAUUUUGAGGUACCAAGAUAAGAUGGUUAAUAUUUUCAACUCAUGGCUCUAAACAGAGGUUAUUGCUCAAACAGCUGCCUGCAACAGCUGGAAAUGAGGCUGAUGACACUGAACCGUGCUCUUUAACUUUCUCAGCGGAGCUCUAAAAGAAAGUCAUCAUUUCUCAUCUGUUCAUCUUUAUUAAUUUAUCCCAGACUAAUGCCAUCAGAUUAGUCAUGAUGAUUCAUUGCCAAUACAAACAAAUUGACCGGUUAAAUGCUCAGUCGAUUUAAAGCAAAUCAUUGUCUGCUUGAUUUUCUGUCACCUGGCCUUUCAAUAAAAUGCCACUGUCUCCUUUUUUUUCACACCGAGGAGGGAGACAAAACAGGAUGCUAUCUGAAAUUUCGACAGAGGGGAAAAUAGACGAAUAAGAUCCGAGAGGAGGCGACACGUGGCAGCGCAGAGAAUAAAGAGGUGUACUGUAGAGUGAUAGAUGGCAGACAGGGAAAGAGAGUGAGAGCUACUCUUUCACCCUGCGGGAAAUUGGAAAAUAAAUUGAGUUGAUACAGGCGGGUUUGCAUGGAGAUAUUGACGCUGAGGAGUGGGUGUGUGCAGGGAGGGGAGGUUUGGAUUCAGGGCUCAGAAGGUUCACGCAAGGCUAAUCGUCUCUGUGGCCACCAGUUAGGACGAGCAAAAGGCUUCCCGGGGUUGGUAAUUAGGAAUAUCCAUCUGCCAUUGAUGAAAAGAAACAGCCCAGCGAGGCUCUGCAGCAGCUUCUGUGUCUGAUUUUACAGGAGUUUGUCUCCAAGCAAGUUUUAGGCACAAUGAGUACCAGGAAACCUACUGUUGUUCUUAUUGCUAAAGGUUUUGAGUCGGUUUCAGCUGUUAUUGGAGCGUCUUUCUUGCUGAGGUACCUGCUGCAUUUGUUGAGCUGAAUAUAAAGUGGCACACAGUGUGGGAUGUCAAGUUUGAUUCCCAGAGCUUGCCGUGGUUUGAUGGCUGAAGGCAGACAGGCAGGCAGACUUUGUGAGAAAUGAGAAACCACAAGGACAUGACAGACAGAGUCUCUGCUAAUUCACCUGCUUGUGGCUUUAUGUGGUGUAGACCUAUUGGAAAUAUGCAAAAAUGUGCUCCAAAUUUGCAAAGAUAUUUGCUUGUGACGACCAAAAUGUCGAUAUUGGAAAGUUUGGGAACAUAUUUUAUUGUUUUUACUCCCAGCUGUAAAAAGGCUGUCAUUGUGUCAAAACAAUCAAGCUGAACCAGUAUGGAGCAUGACAAACCCCCUGCUGCUCAGACACUCAGUACUUAUGUUUCUUAAUUUAACAGUUUUGUCAAAAAUAGUUCAAUGUAACACAGAACAGAAGCCCAUCAUAUAUAUGAAAUUACACAACAUAAGAGACUUCCAAUAACUUUGAUCAUAAACUGUAACAUUUUUUGUGUUUAACUAACAGCCUGCACAAUAAUCCACACGAUCCUUCUCAGGUGUUCGGUGUUGUGACUGUCUGCUUUGAAUAUCUUUGAUUGAAGUUUACGCUCAGCAUUUUUUUUUACUGAAGCAAAGAGUGCCAUUCAGUGGUCAGGUAACAGUAAGAGCCCCCUCUGCUGGAUCAGACAGCAAACUACUUAAGACAGUUUACAUGCUGAAAUAUAUCCAACAGCACAUUACAGUUUGACUAUAAACCUACCAUGGGUAUCUCUUUUCAUCAUACUAUAAGCAUGAGCUUUAUACUGGUGUAAUGGGAGCACCAAUGAUUGUUGUCAUGCAACAUCCUCGAUGCUGAUAUGUAACAGCAGUAAAGAUGAAUAAAUAAGAGCUCCAGAUAUGCUAAAGAGGACUCCUGUGCAUGCGUAGAUGAUGCAAAGGCAUAGAGAUAUAACAGAGUUUAUACAUCCUCUGGGUGUUGAUGCUUGUUAGUCAGCUCUCUGUAAACUGAAGUGACAGCUGAUCAAUGGCUCUCCAUCCCUCCUCAUUUAUAAUCCACCCCCCCGCACACAAACACACAUCCUCCAGUUUCCCUCUUCUUCACCUUCAUCCAUGCUGCUAAUCAUCAUCUCCCUCCAGCUCCACCCUUUCAUCACUAUCAUCCCCUCUUCCCAUCCCUAUACUCUCCCCCAGUACUUUUCAUAAGCUCUGAAAUAUCUUCUCUCCUCUCCUCUCCUCGCCUCUCCUCUCUUCUCUUCUCUUCUCUUCUCUUCUCUUCUCUUCUCUUCUCUUCUCUUCUCUUCUCUUCUCUUCUCCUCUCCUCUCCUCCAGUUUAAGCCCAUUAACAGCUUGUCCUUGGCUGGAGGAGAAAGCCAAGGGUCUUUCCCUGCUCUCCCUCCCCUCUCUUUUAUUUCCUCCUCCUCCUCCUCUUCAAAGAUGCUGUGAGUCAUCAGUGAUACCCAGAAUGCCUUCAGGUACAGAUCCUUAUAGGCGUCUGUAGGAGCCAAUCAGUCGAUAAUCCGUCCAUCAUGCAUCUGUGAUGGCUCUGUGUAAAGGCCAACAAUGAGCCGACAAGAAAGGUGUUUUGAAAACAUUGACACCCCCUCAGCAAGGUCAAGGGUCAGCAUCGAUCCUAAAAGAGGAGGCGGAUGUAUGAACACAUGGCUGACCUUAAAGGCAGAGGGGUGAUUUUAUUGAGUUGGGUAUUUUAUUUUGAAAAGGGGCUCUUAAAUAGCAAGCAGACAAGAAUUACUGAAACCCUUUUCCUUUUUAUUUGUAUGUUGCCCUGAAGUCUUCAUCCUUUUCUAUCAGAAACCCCUGAUCAAAAUUCAUCUAAAAAGUGCGGGUUGGGAUAGAUGGAUUUCUUAGUUCAUGGUCACAUUGAACAAAAAAUAUAUAUACAACUUGCCACGCAUCAAAUCGGGGCAUCUUGUUUACAUUCAGUGAUGUGGUUUUGACCAAUCAGAAUCAAGUAUUCAGCACAGUUGGAUAAUCAAUGAGAAAGAAAAUUGAAGAGAUCACAAUGGCCAUAACUCACAGUUGCUUCAUAUUUUGUGCAGGGAUGUUCUGAUGUAAUAUAUUUUAUUUCUCAGUUGUUUCAACAUAAACUUAAAGCUCAGAUGAGGAACUUUUGGUUUGUGUUUACAUCGACAAAGCAGUCUUUGCUUAUCUUGUCUGUCUUUUGACAAAAAAAAUCUCAUCCAGCUGAUGUUUGACAGUGUAAUUUAUCAUUUAUUAUGAAUAUUCAAUGUGGGAAAUUGUAAAAUCAGAGCUGCAAAAAUGAUACUAUGAAAAUUGUUUUUCAAUUAUAUGAAUAACAAAAAAUGGAAAUUGAAGGCCUGCUGACUAGUAUGAUGGGAGGAAAUCACUUUGAAAGCAGCCAGAUUGGUCCACAGAGUCUGAGGUAAACCAAAGUGGUUUGUGAGUGUGCCACGCACCAGCAGAACUAGACCAGCUUUCAGCCCCCGUUGCAGGCUAAUGUUCACAUACCUACCAGAGUAGAUCCCUGAUUUCUCAAUAAAUAAAUAGAUAAAUAAAUAAUACAGCCAAACUGCACCUCACUAUAAGAUACCAGCUGUCAUCCCAGCAUCUUGUUUACAUCCAGGUAGUAGAUCAUUAUAUAACCAGAUCCACAGUGAAACUAGUGGUGGGUGGUUGUGCCAUGUUUUAGUUCAUGUAAGAUGAAUUUUAUGUUGACACAACUGUGAUGCUGAAGUUUUGCUCAGCUGCUGCGAUGUGUUGACUGUGAAUGUCCUUUUCUCUUGUAUUCUUUAGAGGGGAAGAGGGAUGGUAAUCAGUACCUUUUCUCACUGAGCUUUUAUGAAAACGCACACAGCCUGCUUCUACAAUAUCCUGUUUUGGUGUGAAAAUCUCCAAGUCAACUGAGGUCUGUUAUUCUGUGAAGAGACUUUUGCAUUUCUAAUAACAGCGAGGCAUCACUGGAUCAUUUUCCUCUUUUAUCCACUUUUCUUGGUGGAUUUAUGCGGACAGCUGCCUGUGACCCCGCUGGUAAAUAAAGCAGCAGAGUGUGUUUCUUCUUCUGCUGACUGACAGGCUGGUUAAAAAGAGGAGAAAAGCUUUGAUGAGAAACAUGAAUGAUUCUUCUCUAUUUUCUAUUUCUUUCUUUUUUUUUCCCCCUGUGCAUCCGCUCUUAUCUUCCUGUCUCUUCUCAUUCCCGGUGAUGUGCGAGUGACUCAUGUUGCCAUCUGCUGCCCGGCAAAUCCUCUUCUCCUUAUUACCCGUCCUUUGUUUAUUAACAGCUCUCCUAUGGCGACAGUGAUACCUCUAUCUCCCUGUUGUCUGCUUAUCCCUCUCUCCAUCACCUAUACGCCCCCUCCCCACCCCCCUUCCUCUUUCUCUAUUCAUUCAGGCUUCCCCUAAACUCUCCUCUGCCGAGCUCGUACCAGCACACAAACCUUCUGUUCAUUUCACCUUAAACCAUUUUUUCUCUCUUCACCUUCCUCUUCUUUUUCUCCCAGGAGACAGAUUGUAGAAUGAGGUCAGACACAGUGUGUGUGUGAGUGUAUGUGUGUGAGCGUGUGUGUGUGGGAGCAUAUGGAUAUGAAUGUGAGCAGACUGUUGAUGUUUUGUUGAUGUAGGUGUUGCUGUUGCUGAUGUCAUUAUGAUCCCCCGCAGAAAUGACAACAGACACAGGAAAACACCCUGGGGCCAAGUGUGUGUGUAUGUGUGUGUGUGUGUGUGUUUAGGUUACCAGACUGUGCACAGACAUUCAGCUUGGAAAUGUUAUAAGGUAGAAACAGCACAAUUUGGUCCAUUUUGGCGGCUAUUUUUUUUUCACUAUUACAAUCAGAAAAACUGUCUUGGGGAAACUGAAGUGGAAAUAUUAGGACUUCCAAUUUGAUAAAAUACAGACAGGAUAUUUGUGUAUAUUUUUUGUGUAUACGGAUAUUAUUGAAACUUUAUUAUACUCUAUUAUGAAGAUAAGUACAUGUACACCAAAUGCUGUGUUCGAAUUACCUCAGAAGUCAGAUGUCAGAGCUGAAUCAAGUUACCAAGUCGGAAAAAGUAAAAUUGGAGGCGGAAACAAGUUGUCUACAUCUACAAAAGUUAUUUUAGCUAGCGCUUGCCUUGUCCGGAUAUAAGCAAAAACAAGGCAAACGCUAGCUAAAAAAACUUUCGUAGAUGUAGCCAUCUUGUUUCCAAUAGAUACACUGCCUCAAAUGACUGCAGACAGUUUUACAAUAUGUACAGUUUAAUAAUUUACAGUAUCUGUGAUCGGAUCAUAUUGACCUGAUAAUAUUAAAAACCUUGUAAAAAAUUUGAUGUAGACCCAGUGAUAUCAUCGACUAGUUUCUAAAAAGGCAUCAAGAAGCCCAAAGAGCUGGUCCUUGUCAUGUAAAAUGUGACUCCAAUUAACUUCUAGCUGGUUUAGAAAAUAGCAAAGAGAGGAAGUUUAGGCCAUAAGGCCCAUUUACACUCCAUGUUAGAUACAAAUACAGGUUUGAACAACACUGUCAACUAUACUCUGUGUUAAUUUGUUCAUAUGUUGUCUUCAAGCUUGCGGAUACAGACUAGGGUUGUCCAAAUACAAUAAUAAUAAUAUGGGUAUCGGUCCAAUAUCAGCAAAAAAAUGAAUAUCAGAUUAGAUCGGCCUGCCUUUAAAGUCUCCGAUAUCACCACUCCAUACAGGCAGUCUAUUCCAGACUCUGCUUCAGCACCAUAUCUAGCAGCGCCCUGCCCGAAAAAGACAUUGCAACUGAGUGAGAAACUUCUCAUGCACAACGUUGUGCCAAUAUUGGAUCAAUAACGGUAUCGGUCAAUAUCGGUAUCAUAUUGGAAGUCAAAAAGUUGUAUCCGUACACCCCUAGUACAGACUAAACAUUGCAGUACCAGCCAUAAUCAUGUGGCAGUGCUGAACAGUCAAGCCAAUAAUUCAAAGAAAUUAAAUUCUCUGUCUACAUGUUGUAAAGCAUGUUUUUAUCUAUUACAUAAGUUUUUUCAAAAUCCAUAUGAAACUUGUCUCUGGCUGAGAUAAGCAUGUGUAAUAGAUUGUAAUGUGCAUUUGAUGAUGGCUGUAAUCAAGUGAGUAUAAAACCCUGACUGUUCCUUAAACACAAAUCAGGUUUCAUGUAAAACUAGAUCACAUUUUCUUCUGCAAAAAUAAAACUGUGAAUGAAAUCUUAAAGCCUCCAGACAAAAAAGGGAACAAAAACCCAUUAGUAUGACAGUUUUAGCUCUGUAUCUGAGUUAUAACGCAGUUUUUCGGGUUUGUUGUGGAUCUGAGAGGAGUUUGAAAGCUUUAUGCAACAUAAAAAAAUGUCCUGGAUGUUCUUUUGAAGCAUCAGUGUGCUCAGCCUCAGGCGAGCCGCUUCCUCCUGAAAAGACGAACUUGUUUCUUUAUAUGUCACUUUAAUGCCAGCAGUUUUCUCCCGCUGUUACAUAAAGCUAAAUGUAGAGAUUAGUCAUUAAACCACGCUCUGUCUCCAUCUAUUAGUCUCAAUUCUUUCACCUCUGUCUCCCUUUCUUCUGAGAUAAAGGUGGUCCAUUCAUCCUGCCACACAGAUUUCUACUCCACAGAGGAAAUAAACAUCACAAACUCAGCUUCUAAACUUGUUCAUCUGCAUCCCAGUUUGAAGAUCAGAACUUUAUUUAAACUGUCACAUGGGGCUGUGAUCAGAGCGGAGCAGGGAGGAUGCUGCUGGUUAAAAGAGAUGUGUAUAAGUAGUUUGAUCUGGUGUGUGUGUGUGUGUGUGUGUGUGUGUUUGCGUGUGUGGAGCUGCAUCUCUCUUUUGCUCUAAAGGUUAGCUACAUAACCCUUCAUCAUCUCAGUCAAUAGAAGAGGCAGGCUGUGGUGUGACAGGGAGACAGUUUGCUGAUUGGGUGACACGCACACACACUCACUCACACACACAGACAAACACACACGGGUAUUGAGAUUAUGCGUAUUUUGAUCAAGGCUUGUUUUCCUCUAUGAUCACAGUGUAAUUACGGCCUCCUGCUUCAUCAAUUAAACAUGAGCAGACGGGCAGACUUCGAUUGUGUCUAAUAUUGACCACAGAUAUGGUGUGUGUUUGUGUGUAUGUGUGUGUGUGUCCUUCCCUUAACUGAUCAAAGAGUGAGAGCUUGGUUUACCUGCAUCAACACAAGGACAGCUUUUGUGAUUUGAUUCUCAAAGCAGGGAUGUAGUUGAUGAUAAUCCCUUUACUCCAAUUAAUAUUUUGAUCAUUUCCUGCAGGAAUAUCAAUUUUGAUGUUUCUGCCCUUAUUUAGCUUCACUUCCUGUUGGAGUCUCAGUGAUGUCACCCACUGAUGGCAGUGGCCAUACUGAAAAUGCUGUUUUAAAGGGAUAUUCCGGCGUAAAAUUAAUUUAGGGUCAAACACAGCAUAACAUCGAGUUAGACAGCUCGUCGAGAGAUGAAUGUUGCCGACCACUUGCUUCUCUAGUUAUACCAACUUUAGUAACAACCGCAUGAUAGCAAUACACAGCGGUCUCAGGAGCCACGUGCUCAACCAAAACGCCACUCUAUAGCCACAAAUAAUGUUCAGAACAGCACCUAACUUCAUCAACAGUACAUAUAGGGUCCCAGCCAAAGCACUAGCCACCAAACAUCUUUUUAACUUUGCCUGAUUUCUUUAGCAAAGAAAGUAAACACAACUCACCCACUCUUUUCCAACAGCCACUUGUUUGUGGCGAGAUCUCGGGCCAGUUUAUUACGGACUACAGGGGGGUGACGCAGCUUAAGGAAGAACAUUUAUGAUCAUUUCUUCAUGGAAAUACAGUCAGACCGAGACGCUAAGGAAGAAGAACUACUGUGUCUGCAGUGCAAAAUGAUUAAUAUGGUGAUUAUAACUUAAAGGAAAUGAUAAAGAAAUGAUUAUAAAUGUUCUUCCUUGAGCUGCGUCACCCCACUGUAGUCCGUAAUGGACUCGCCCGUGGUCUCACUACAAAUAAGCGGCUGCUGGAAGAGAGUAGGUGAGUUGUGUUUAGUCUCUUUGCUAAAGAAAUUAGGCUGAGCCUUAUUUGUGGCGUUUUGGUUGAGGUUUCUUCAUGGCUCCUGAGACCGCUGUGUAUUGCUCUCUGCAGUCGUGACUAAAGUUGGUAUAACUGGAGAAGCAAGUGGACGGCAACAUUCAUCUCUCAAUGGGGUGUCUAACUCAGUGUCACAGUGUGUUGGACCCUGACUUAAUUCUACGCCGGAAUAUGCCUUUAACGGCAUAUUCAGUUGGCAAAAUGGAAAAAGAAAAACAUCUCUAUAGAAUUAAUAGUUUUAAAAUUAUUUUCAAAUGAUGAUAAACUGGUUUAUUGGAUUGUUUUACUAUAUCUUCUUUCUCCAUGGUUUACUUGCCUUGCUUUUUUUGUCAGGUAUCAAAUUCUUCAAGUGUCAUAAUAAAAAUCCACAAGAGCGUGACCUUAUUUAAGAUACUGCAUCAAAGUACUUAUGAUUUCAGUUCAUCAAAAGAAGUCUAUCAUGAGUAGUAAAGGAUAAACUGAUCAGGCUUUUUUUGUUCAGAUACUUGGUGCUAAAACAUCAGCUCUAUCACACCGGCACACUGUGCUUCUUAUUAUCCUGAGCAGAAUGACUCCAAGGUGAACUGAUUUUAUUUGUAUUAUUUUCUCAGAGUGGGGUUGACAUAAAAGUACAUCCUCAUAAGGAUCACACCUUGACACUUGAUAGAAAAGAGAAAAUAAGGAUGGAACAACGGGAAGUGUAAUAAGAUAAAUGAAUAACACAAUAAACCUGGAGAACACUCCAUUUAUUAUAACAACCCCAUCAAGAAUACUAACCCGUAUUUCUCAGAGGAACAUCGAACCCUCUCUGUAUCACUUCAAAGCACCGGUCUCCCCUCAGCUCUUUAUCUUUAUUACCCGACCUCAUAUCACAUGAGAGCUGUGGCCGUCAUUUGCAUGAUUUGACUCCUUUGAACCGUCUCUCAGCGGAGGAGAAGACUCCCUCUUUUGUCCUCUCUAAAUAUCGCCUGUUCUGCUCAUGGAAAACCUCAUGCAAAAAAAGAGAAGCACAGUGUUUGCUCUCGGGUCAUCGUCUGUCGGUAAAAUGCAUCUGCAACAUUUCCACCUCCGAGUACAUGAAAUAUGAAUGAGACUGAGAUGACCUGGAGUGCAGAAGAAGGGCAACAGAGUGCAGGUUAGGAGCUCGUUUUAAUGCCACAGUGCCAAUCGAGUUCAGCUUUUCAUUUUUAAACUUUUGUGGUCAUUUAACAUCAUGAAGGAGAGUUGAAAACUAAGGGAAACGGAUGAUGGAUGAUGGCAGACCACAUGUUUUAACCUACAGUACACUAAAUUUUCAUUUAGGGAAACAAAAACACGCAAACCUCCUGCUGACUGUGAUCAUCACUCUGCCACAGUGAAUGAAGGACCUCCAUUAAACACAAGUACAGCCCAUUCAGCAAGAUAAUAAAACCGAAUCUACUUAGAAAUAUUUCAGCUCUAUUGGCAUGUACGUCCAAACCGAAUAUAGACACUUUAUUGUUGGCACAUUGUAUCCUGGUGUUCAGAGGAGACAGGAAAAAGAAAAUCAUUGAGCCAUUUUCAGCCCCUCCUGCAGCGAUUCGUGUCAGGACCCUCGCUGUGCCAGACUGCGGUCUGAAUGAACACUCAGAGGUUGGAUUGAUCCAGAGAGAAUCUAUAUUACUGAUACAGAAUCUUGUUCCUAGUAUCGAUGAAAUUUGCAGCAGGAUAUGUGAGAAAUUCAGGGUUGAGUCACAAAACAGAAAACACUCUUGCACAUGGAAACUUUUCCGGUAUGUCGAAUCAAGCAGGGGAAAAAAAAAACUAUUUUGUUCAUUCACAAACAUCCAUCAAGUUUUUUUUUACAAAGGGAAUCUAUGAAUAUUUUACAUUGAAGCAAAUUAUGAAGGUGAAGUGAAAAUAAUUUGCCACUGAAAGGAUGUUACCGAUACUUUUUUAAGAGCUACGAAUUCAAGAAAGGGACUUCGCUCCCAGUCUGCUAUUAAAGUGAACGUUUUUGAAGUUUCUGGUCAGGUUCAGGAUUGCCAAAUGCUUCCUAAGACCUAUUAUGCUGAUCCUUACUUUGAUACAUACUGUACUUAAUGUGACAAUGUUAGAUGUCUAUACUAAACUAUGGCAAAGUUCCAUAACAUGAAAUACACAGAUGGUGAGAUAGUACCCUGGGCCUAUUUUUUAGUUUUCCUGGAGGGCUUCCUUCAUGACAUGGCCACAAUCUGACAUCCUCUUAGUAGAGAUGCACCGAUCCAUUUUUUUCCGAUUCAAUCCGAUACCGUUACCUGGGCUGAGUGUAUCCGCCGAUAUCCGAUACGGAUCUAAUACUGCUGUUGAUUGAAUGAACAGUAUACCUUGCCCUGUGAGUGAAGGCAUCAGGCUUGACUUUAGCCUUGUUUAAAAAAAAUAGUAACAAAUUAACACAGAUAUUAAUUAACUUAUUUAUUAACAAAUAACAAAUUGCACAUUAGCACACAGCCAAAAGAAGUAAGACUUCAAUGUAAACAUUUAGUGCAAAAGGACAGACAGACAUAGAAUAUAGAGUAAACAGAAUCGCUGUGUUGCGUUGUAUGAUAUUAGUUAAAAGAAAAAAAAGACAGGAUCGGAACGCUGGAUCGUCGUCAUUCAUCAGAUAUCUGAUCCAGUUAAUUUGUCAAUAUCGGACCCGAUAUCUGAUCCAAAUAUCGGAUUGGUGCAUCCCUACCUCUUAGGACAAUUCUCAGUUGCUCUGUAAGUUGGUAUAUUAGUAGCCUGAUAGCUGAGGUUAGCUCAUACUCUGUAUUUGCACGUCUUUUGGCUUUUAGUAGAACUUUGCCCAAGAAGGAGAGAGUGUAGUAAACUGUGUGUGAAUAAACAAUGAGAACCUGCUAAAACCAGCCGACACCAGUGAUAGGUCUAUCCCUAACAAUAUUCAAUGUGUUGUUUCAUAGUCAAACAUUUUCCUUCGUACUAAAGCCCCAGACGUUUCAGAAGAAGAUAUUUUGGAGCUAUCGUGGCAAUACCAGGAUUUAGUGAAACCAUGUAACUCAAACAUCAGGAUCCUACAUCCUGAAACUCCACUGUUGCUUCCCUGAUAGGAUGGGUGAGCAGAGAGGGGCGUCUCAAGAGAGAUACCCUCUGCAUGCUGAACUCACUUUGUAGCACCAGGCCUCUGGAGAUGUUUCUUUGAAAAAAUAAUUCCCACUUUUGUUUCAGCACACAUCCAGCUGUCACUUCUAUACAUUUAUAUCUCCAGUUUGAGAUUCCUGCAGCGCUGAGCUCAUUCUGCUCUACAACAUUUCUUCUGUACAACUCUAUCCGCUCCCCUGAGACGUGUACCUCACCCUCAUACCACACUCAGACUGUCUAAUUAACUACUCUCUUCCACACUUAUAUCUUUGAAGUUGCUCGUACUCGGCGUCUUGCAGGCCCCCGCCCACUCCUCUCCCCUCCCCUCUCUCUGAUGAGACUGCUACUGUAGGUGUAGCAAGCAGUGCCCCCGGGUGGUGCCUCAUUAACCCACAUUUCACUGGCUGAUGGGAUACAACGAAAGGGGGGGGGGGGGGGGGUGUUAUGUGUCGGUAUGUGUGCAUGUGGGAAUGUGUCUGAGAGGGGGAAAUGGUAAUGCUGAAUGCUGCCUUUGAAGAAACUCUCUAGCAUUUGUAUGUGGUAGAAGCUAGGAGCGUUUUUUUUCCACUACAUUUUCCCCCUGAUUCAGAUCAGCCAGCUCAGUGUAUUACAGUCAUUAUCAAUGCUAAUGCUGUAUUCAUCUAUGCUGGAAAAUUGGAGCUUAAAAUUGGGAAAGGAUUAAUUCUGAACCUCAGGCAUUUGAGCUCUCAUGUUCAGAGAGGAUAUUAAACCCAGUUACAGGUUUGUCCGCACACAAGUACCAGAAAAUUUUGAUUUUUUACAGAUUAAGGCUACUUAAGAGAGUCAAGAGGACCAUUCGAUGGUCAGGUUACAAUGAAAGCACUCUCGGAACUGGAUAAACUGAUUAAAAGGUGGGGUAGGCAGGAUCUGAGGAAGUGCCAGUUUUGGGGGAGAAAUCUUGAAUGUAAACACGACCCCUCCCAACCAUUUUUCCCAUCAGCUCCUCCUCUCUCCUCCCUCUCUGCUCUAGCAAGCCCCGCCCACAAACAGACGCUCCUUCUCGCUCGUAUCGUUUCAAUAAAAUUCAGAUAUAAUACAGUAAUACAACUGUAGAUGCCAACAAACUACCAGAAAAAAUAAUGUUUGCAGGACUUCUACAACUAGGAUAAAGUGACAUAGUCCAGGACCCGAGGUCAACAGUUUAGCGGUGCUACAACACCCAGCAGGUCCCGUUUGACAAGAAACACUUUUGUUACAGACACUUGGUUUACUUUGUUAAAGCGGUUUAACUGUCCAGCAGAAAGGUUACAGGGUCCGUAAGAUCCUGAAGCGUCCCCCAUGCACCAUUGAUGUUGACCCGGCUUUUUAGCUCUUGUCCGGAUGGUCUACCUCCAUUUUAAUGCUCGUUAUUCCACCAGAGUCCCCGGGCUUUAAUUCGUUCUCUUGCGUGUGUUGGUAGUUGUGGCCAAAGGAGGAUUCAGAACAAUUCUCUGUAGUUUCUGGUAGGUUUCUACUGCUCAAUAUUGUAGCACGCUAACUCUGUUUGGGCUCAUGCACGCUAUUGGAGGAUGUGGAGCAUGCCUAACACCCAAUCAGCGUGAGGAAGCAGUGUCCGUCUCACAACCAAUCAGGUUGGGGGAGGCGGAGAAUGGCUUUGUUUACAGUCAGAAAGAGCGGGCCACUCAAAACAUUUUAAAAUGUUGACUACACAGACAUAAGAGAACACAGCGAUAUUUUUAUCUUACCAAAUGUCAUCAAUAAGUAAUAGCUAUUGACUGAUAUUAAAAGCCUUUUUUGUAUAUACACCACAAAAAAGAUGCUUCUUUAACAGAAUCCUGCCUACUCCACCUUUAACCACACAUUUAUAUUUGAACAGCUUCAUACAGUUUGGAUACGAACUUUAGUAUUUUGAACAUUAAGCUCCACUUUAUGUCUGUCCCUGAACAACCCUUUUCAGUGUCGGCUUCAGUUUUCUCUGAUGUCAAAGUUCCUCCGUGAACUCUCAGACACACGUCAUUCAUUCUUCAGUCAUCCUUCUCGCUCAGCUACUCAGAUUUCACCCUCAUCCCUCCGUAGCCUCAGCUUCUUAAUUUGCAUCCUCUCCUUGCUGUUUAGUAAACUAAUCCUUCUGGUUUCAUUUAAUGUUCAUCCUCCACUGAUCCUGCAGAGCUUUAACCUUUCCCCUCUCCUCUUUCUAUCUUCAUCCUGACAGGACAAGGAGAGCCACUUCACUUCAUUACUAGUUUCUUAUUACCUGCCCAGCCCUCUGCAAGACUAACUCACUUUGCAUUUGUGUCUGUCAAAGUAAAAGAGUCUCUGGAGUCAGAAUAUAUGGAGUCAUUCAGCUGGAAAUGCCAACAUCUGUUAUAAAUGAGGCUUCAUUAUAAAUGAGGCUUUAAUUUGAUCUGUUUUUGUGUUGUAAACAUUGUCACUCAUCUUUUAAUCAUUAAGCUUGCAAAAUAUCAGGUUAAUAGGUUUCCAACUUAAAGUAAUGCAUAUUUUGUCUGUAAAAAAUCCAAGCCUUAAACAACAAUAUGAUAAUCUUAUCUGUGUAUGAAUAUAAGUGGCAAAGCAGCAGUGUUGUUUCCAUGCAGGAGACUUUCCUUCCCAUCACAAAUCCUGCUUGUUUGCAGGAAUCUAUAAUGAUAAUGGCAGUCGGGACUUUUUAUGUAAGACACUGCAGAUAAGCACCCUGAUCAAUAAACCAAGCCAAGAGCCCAGAUAGUGCUGACAGGGUUUCAGCUUUAUGGGGCUAGACUUUCACUGAGAUAAUGAUGCUAACUGCUGGAUUAACAGACAACUCACUCAGUAAGCCAUCAGACUGAAAGAACACUGAUACAAAGAUGGUGAGUGCAUAUGAAACACAAUCUAGAUAUGUAUGAGAUGCUUUUGCUUUUCAUCUUGAGUGGGUUUUCUGUUAUGAGAACUUUGACGCAUCUUUGCCAAAUUAAAAUUGGCUCCGUCAAAGAUUAUAUCUUUAAAAAUCUUCUUGAAUGUUCAUCAUGCAGUUUGCCCAAGAAGUUAACCCUUGUAAUUUAGCGGUUUGUCUCUAUUUUAUACUAGUGACUCAUCUUCUGUCCCUUUCAUCUGACAGGGAACACUCUGUAGCAUGACGGAUGGACCUGAUUAUAAACUUUGAAUAAUUUCAGAGGGAAAAGUCCUGAAAUUUUCAAAGAUAUUUAAGAAUGCAUGUUUGAAAGAGGCUCUAGUUUAACUGUUAGAGAUGUGGUUAGGGUUAGGGUUUGUAAAAAUGGUUUAAUGCAGUUGAACAUGACUCAGAUACUGCUGUUUAGCUUCGACCCAAAUGACUUUAAAAGACGGCAAAUCAUUGAGAACAUUGUAUCCAGAACAAUAUGCUUUAUGUCAAUCAAUCAAUCAAUCAAUCAGUCUUUAUUUAUAUAGCACUUUUCCUUCACGACCGUGUAGCACAAAGUGCUUUACACAGAAAAAGAAAUAAAAGAAACAAAGAAUACCCAAAUCUACCCCAGCCCAACCCCUCAUUCCCACUCCACGAUCUAAAUGCAACAAUUAAAAUGCAUGAACUGAAAAAGGGCUUGAUUUCGUGGAAACAGGAAUGUGCGCACUGAGGAAACGCCAUCUUAAAACUCAAGAUUAGGAAACACUGAAUGUUAAGUUAAAAUCUAAAAACAAAGUAACAUAGAAUGAAAUUUAAGAAAUAAUAAAUUAAAUUAAAUUAAAUAAAAAAAAAAAGACACUAAAAUAAGAGCACCAAAAUAGUUCAAUAAAAUACGAUCCUGUCAUUAAAACUAGAAAGCGAUAAAUGCUAAAACACUUAAAGUUAAUGAUAUAAAAUUUAGUUAAAAGCAAGACUAAAAAGGUUCGUUUGGAGUUUGGUUUAAAUGUGGCUUAUUUCUUUACAAUUUUUUCUCAAGUAUUUGAUAUGAGACUGUCACAUUUAACAGGAUGCUCCAAACAGUCCAUGAUAAGAAGAAAAACACCUGCAGAAUAACAAUGAAAUUCGGUUAUAUUGACAGCUGUCUCUCCAGCUUAAAGGGGCCAAAAAUACCCAAGGUUUACCCAAGUAUAUUUAUGUAUAUAACUGAAGCUAUCAUCUGUAACAGUAUCAGCUAAAUGUUAUUUUAUAUUGAAAAUGAAAAAAGCGAUUGCUUCAGGUAGCGGCAAUGACAGUGUGCUGUAUGAAUAAUGUUGGCUUUGACUCUAUGACUCCUGCGCUGCCUUGUCACCUCUUGGGUCGUCUCACCUCACCUGACUGCCUCACAUUUCCGCUCGGCGCUCCCUCGGUCAGAGCGUAACCCGCUGUUGUUGUUACAGACUCUUGUUAUUGCCUCUUCAGGGGCUCACAAAAGACAAACCAGUCGUCUGUAUUUUAUUGUGCGCUGGUGGCCUGUGACUUCAGGCUCACUGUCGAGCAAAGUGAAAUAUCACAGCGGCCGUUGUGUUCAGGUUGAGUCUGAGUCCUGACUGCAUGAAGGUACACAGUGUGAGGACAACAGUCGGCUGUUUUCUGCCAUCUGCUGAGUGGGAAUUACAGCAAGUGUGACCAGUGGAGCACAAAAAAAAAACACAUUAAGUGUCGUACUUGACCCACAAUGCAUUUAAGCUGGACAUGUCUGGCUUUUGGUCAUGAUAUUUGUUAGUUUACUGCCUUGCUACACUUGCAGGAUGAUAAUAAAGACAAAAUAAUAGCCAUUUCUUGAUAAAUCUACAAGUUGUUUUGUAAGAAUAUCACAGAAAAAGAUCAAAAUAGAAUGAAGAUUGAUAAAAUAGUCAAUACAUUCUAACAGGGGCAAAAAGGGGUUUAUCGUGGACAUGAUAAUGUCAUGUUGUCUGCCUUUUUGUCUCAUCCUCUCUCAGCCUCGCAGUCAUCCGUGUCAGCUCUGUCUUUCUCUGGCUGUGACCUCCAGCUGUGCUAACGUUAGCCUGCCUCUCCCUAACAGAGAGACUCAGACACCUGCUGAGUCACAGCACACAGAGGUGGGAGGUGAACAGAAAGGGUGUUUAAAUUUGUUCAACCACCAACUGUGUGACAGAGCUCUGGUGUUGAUUUAAACACAUACUCUCUUUAACUUUCAAAAUGGGCAUUUUCUCCAAAAACCUUGCAGAGAGCAUACCAUCACCUUGGUUAACAGAGGUGUCUAGACUUUUUGUCAAUAGAUCUGUCCUGACCCAGUGCUUGUAGACUGGUACAGUGACAGCCAUUUAAUUAAAAUGCCACAUUAAGUUAUACCUGUUGCUUAUGUGAACGUAUUGAUAGAGUGACACAGAUGUGCAGGAAUUGAAUUGUUUUGUUUUAGAGUAACAAACUGUGUCCGUUUUAGUAAAUAUACUUUAGUUUCUAAGUGCGGUAUGUCUACCUCUUCUGUCACAGUUUCACUCUCAUGCUGACAAGCACUGAUGGAUGUGAACUGUUACAUGAGUAGUAGGCAGAGACGCUCAGUCCCCAUGGCAGGACCUGUAUUGAUACUGCGUUAGAGGGGCAUUGAUUCCAUCCCCUUUGAGGACUUCAUUUUUGUCAACUUGCUAUAUUGGGCUAUUGAUUCAGCUCUACAGUAGCUUUAAAUAUGAGUCAAUCUUUGGCACAUUUUCCCAGAGUUGUUAUUGAACUCCAUUAAAUCUUUAAGUGCGGCAUUAAAACUUUGUCGCAUCUUAAUACUGUCGCACAUUAUUUGCCAUGUAUGUUGUUGAAUUUGAUUUCAUUUAUCCUCUACAAUAAGAAACUGGAUGUUUGGCUGCAAAAAAAACCAAAUCUUUUGAAUGCAGUAAAUGCAUCACUCUAACUGAAUUCAAAGUAUCCUUCAUUUAGGCCUGUGUAAUGAAAAAUUUUCUUGUCUUUUGGAUGAAGAAAUAAAUACAGACAUAGUAAGAAUAUUUUGUUUUGAAAGGAUCUGGCAUAUCUGGGAUGCAUGCUCUCAAAUGUGCCUCUUGAUUAUUGAGUUUUCGGUCUUUGUGGUUCGAAAUCUUCUUAGAUCUAGUAAACAGAACAGAAAUAUAAUGGAUUUCUUUGGUUAGGUUAUUUUAAUCAAAGUGUCGUUUGAAAAAAAGUAGGUAUUUUUGAAGUGAGGCAUCCUCUCUCUUUUUUAAAAACACACAUAAACACACCACAGCUGGACCAGGCAGACGGAGACGUGAGUGUUCAUGUCUGUAGGGAGCUCUAAAGGUGUCAAAAAACCGUGGAGCACGUUAUUAUCACCUCCUCUACCACCGCCGAAGAUCUGAAAGACAUUUAGUCUAGCACACACACAGACACAGUACAGUAAUAGGGCUGCCCACACAGUCUAGGCAACACUUCUACACAGUUUAGAGGAUGUGAAGCACCCAUGAGGAGAGGAUGAAUGAAACGGGCCGGAACGGCAGGGAAUUGACUCACUGGUUUAAACACUAGCCGGAUAAAAUAAAAGAGAGAAAAAAUAAAAUAAAUAAAUGGGUCACUUCAGUCAGAGCCGAUAUCCAAUUUCUCAUUCCCUCUCUGAAAAGCCUAUCAGUUUCAGUGGGAUUGUCAGAGCGAGGUUAUUCUGUGAGCAAGAGGAGCAAGAAGCCUCCCAGAGUGCAAACUUAAGUGGAGCUGAAGAUGCAGAGCUGAGCCUAUUCAGAGAGUCUGAGAAUCUGUUUGAAAUCAACACAUCCUGUCACUUAAAAAAGUAAACAAAAUGAAAGUUUUGCAGAGAUGGAGCAGGAUUCUGCAUGGGAAACAGAGGGAGGGUCCAAAGGAAGCUCGCUGUCAAUCAUCCAGCACUCCAGGGAUGGAUUGGGGGGGCGCAUUUCUCUGUGACAGUCACUUGUCAAAGCUGUGGAUGCUGCAGCCACAGCACUCUGCAUCCCAGAAUCCCGCAGGGGGGGAGGAAAGGAGAGAGGAGGCGAGAUAGUGGGGUGCUUACGUCACAGGUCAUGUGACCCAGGCUUAGAAUGACAACAUUUGGUGUUCUCAUCGUGGGGCUGGAGAUGCUGGAGUGUUGGAUGCAGAGUUUGGUGGAGGAGCCGUGUUUGAAGACGAGGUGGGGGUCUUUGUUUUUGUUCAUUAUUCCUGCAGAGCAGCGCGUGAUGCACAUUUCAGACUCUUUUGUUUUAAUUUUGGCCGCGUUGGCCUACAUUACAUUCAUGUCUGCUGUGGAGUUAUGCCAGGAAUUUGUGUCGUUUAUCUCACUGCGUUGAUUUUUUCUUUUUCAUGUUGUUUAUCAUGGCAUUAUAGAAGUCUUCAUUUGACAUGCUGAAUUCAGUCAAUCUGGAGAUUUGGACUAUUUUAAAGGACCCGUUUCUUUCUCUUACUGUAUGCAUGUAUUACCACUGUUGCUUUCACUUUAUAUAUAUUUAAUUACCAGGAAUGUUACGAUAUAAGAUCUUGCCUCAUUGAAAGUCCAUUUUUUGUGACGAUAAGAAAAAAAAGACAAAUGCAGACUAGGGGAAAAGGCCAUUUCUAUUGGUCUCAGAAGUCCAGUCAUUUGUGGUGAGUAAAAUGCACUGUGCCUGCUUGAGCCUCUGUGUAACUUCUGCCUUUGUCUCUUUUUAAUAGUCUAUUCAUGAUGGGAAAUUAUACUUUGGCUCCAGUGUGUUUACUAACCUUCUGAAUAGUGUCUGCAGAAAAUGUCUGUAAGUCUUUGGCUUCAAAUUAAGUGCUACAUCUGCACGAAUCUUUCAAGGUGAUGAUUUGCUAAGUGCUUUUUCAUAUCACCUGUUCUCGUGUAGGUCACUGCAGUGUGGCAGUGUCUGCGUUUCAAAACUAUUUCAAAGUCUGUUCUCAUUACUAACACCUCUGCCAUUUUCACUGUAGACAGCAAGCAGAGUGCAGAGGUCAACGGGACGAUAGUCUCACAUCACACAUCGCUGGUUUCUGUAUUAAAACACUUUUGGUCUCACCGUACCAUGAAAUUGAUGAAACUAUUACCAGACACUGUUCACUUUUUGUUCAAUUCAGUUUUCUCAUCCUAAAUCCUUUUUUUCUAAUAGCAUCUACUACAUUAUAUAACUAUUUAGAGUUUUAUGGCUUUUUUCAGAGAGGACAGAAUAAUGGAUAGAGAGAAAGAAUCAAAACAUCGAGGACUAUAGCCUCCAAACAUGAAGCAUGCGAUAUAACCACUUGGACAAACUGGUGCCCUUUUAUCACCUAUCUGUUGAUCCAAACUCAGACAUAUUCAUUUAUUUAUUUUUGUUAGCUAUUAUUUCUUUUUUGAUCAGAUGUUCAAGUUUCUUUUUGCUGAGAGAUUUUCUCUGGUUUGUUUGAAUAUAUUCUAUGAUGUACUCUGCAAGGACAAAUUUCUAACCUCAUUUUUUUCACAUUGAGCUUAUUAAAAAGGUGCAUUUGCAGAAGAUAAAAGAUAUUACUAAUCUUCCCUGCUGGUAUUAUUACAGAUGAGCACCACCAGUGCUUAAUUCCACCGCUGAAUAUCUGUGCAGAUGAAACAUAGUUAUAAAUUUGAUAGAGAGAAAAGCUUGUACUCGUUUAAAUCUGUGUUGCUGCGUUCAAUAAUCCAGCCUUUCGUAUUGUAUGAUGACAUUAUUGACUAACAUCAUUGCAUAAGUAUCUGCUGGCCGUUUUCUGCACAUGCAUGUGCUGUUUGACUCGCUGUAAUCUCUCUGCUGACAGGAACACUAAUUACGUAAUUGACACAACAUCUAAUUCAAUCUGUAAAAGGAGGACACGGUUUGUUUUACAGUAUCAGGAUACAUUUGAUAUUUAAGCCUGCGGUCUCUUUUGCUUUGUGCGUCUCUUCCGGUCUUGCAGAGUGAUCAGCAGCAGCAGAAUUUUGCAGAGCGAUCGUCUCCAGUUUGUUGUUAUUUUUAGAAAAAGCAGCUCAUUGAUUGAUCUGCUUUUUGUUUCUCUUUUCCCUCUCUUUACUCAUAGCUUGCGGCCACGUCUGCUGGCUCUGAGAAACUCCAGACAGACUGCUGAACUGAGAGGAGACUGAGGAAGAGGGAGCCGGGCACUUUGGGAUCCGAGCCAAUGACCUGUUCGAGAAGAGGAGCAGCGCAGAGGCUUUGAUUAAAAUGGGGUAAGUUUAGAAGAUCAGACUGCACGCUGCUGGCUGCUGUAGGAACUGCUGGCUGCAACACGAGGACUCGUUUUCAAACCUGAUCUCUGCAACAUGAAGCUCACUGUUAGGCAACCUCUGCCCAGCCAGAGAGGAGGAGAGAUGUGCCGAUAGCUAAACUGGCUCUGACUCACCAACAACACAGCGAGGCUCACAUGCACUGACAGGUUCUCAUAGAAACAGCAGAGGCUCAUGGCACGAGAUCUCCAAAAAUUUACUGAAUAUAAAACAUACAAACUUUAUGAGUGAAACUGGAAGUGAUUGAAUGAAAAGUAAUGAUUUAAAUUAUAGUUCAUUUAUGAGAAAGCAGUGAGUGGAGGCUUUGAUGGUAAUUUACAGUCAUUUUUUGUCCUCUCAGAGUUUUGUUAGGUGGACAAAACUAUGCUACGCAACCCUUAACCUUUUAAAGAGGUUCAGAGUGUGAGAUCAAAAUAUUUACUCGUGCUAUUAUUGUAGAAAGAGGAAAAAGGUGUUCUUUAGUGUCAUUUCGUUAGCAUAUGUUACCUAAAAGAAGAAUUGUUGUGUUUGCUGACCGAUUAAAGAGGUGAUGGUCCACUCACACAUCACCUGAUGUAAUAUAAACAUUUGAAACAAGAGUUGUGUUCACAUGGAACUUCAGCCGUUGCCUUGGGUAGGAUGUGUACAAGUGUUGUUAUGAUAUGACUGAACUCCCAUUGAACAUAAUAUGGCCGAAGAGCAACUGCCAACAGUUCAGUAUUAGGACAACACAUCCUCUCUUUAACAGUAAUGUGGGAAGAGUUACACCAUCACUGGUUGACAAAUAAAGCCAUUUAUAAUCAAUCAUUUAUUUAAAAAUACCCAAAUAUUAAUUUGGCACAAUGUGAAAUUAGUGAGGUAAUGCUGCCUGAUCAAUAGAGCUCUCUAUUUUAUGACAAUACAAUUUCAGUUUGUUGUUAUUUAUCAACACUAAGAAACUUGCACUUGAACUAAAGGAUUUUUCAAAGUAAUAUUAUGACUUGAUGCAUUCAGAGACUUGAGACUGGACUUGGAUUCGAAAAAGUGAGGCCAACAGCAGCUCUGGACUCCUCUUCAGUCACAGGAGCUUAAUUAAGGUCCAACACUGGGACUGUGUGCCCUCAGUCAGGAAAGAAAAGAUGUUAAAUGGAGUUAAGGCCAGUGAUCCGUUCAGGCCAGUGAAGCUCCUCCACACUGGAGAGCGGAUUUGGCAAAGGGACUUUAUAAUGUUAAAGCAUGAAGGAAGAAGGAACAAAGUUAGGAGUCUGCUAUGAUCCAAAAAAGUCUUUGAAGCUGUGGAAGAUAUGUGAAUGUAGAGUCUCAGUCGUCAAAACAUUGAAGAGCAAGAGGACACAAAGAUGUCCCCACACAUCAAAAUGCAAGUGCUCAAUAAUACAGAAACUGACUUGAUAAAAUGGAGGUUUGUAAGUGUCUUAAAUAUUGCAGGGACUGACAGAGAAUCCGAUCACAUCAAUGAUUUACACUCUCAUUUUGAGGCCAUCCUCUUCAAGCUCUUUGCCAUCAUAUCUGGGGGGAAGCAGCCUCCGUGCAUGCUGGGACACGGUGGCUGAUUUACCAUCCUGCUGGUAGGGAUGAGUUAUUCCUCAGUCAGCUCCUGUGACAGAGAGAGCGGAGAGAGUGCGGCCCUCCAGAGAGCCUUUAUUCUGGCAGUAAUUCAACCAGAGAGAAGCAGCGAGAGAGGCACAGGCCUGCUGAGCUGCAUGCUGCCUGCCAUUCAGACACACGCUCCAGCUAAUUAAACCCAAACUUCACAUAUCAGCAUUUUUUUAUCCCUGACACUCUGCACACAUGCAGAUCUUUUCCUCUGCCAGAGAAGAUAACUAGAAAAUCUGUGAAAGAAUGCAAAGGCCAAGAGCUCAGACAGUUUUUUUUUUAGAGUCAGUUCAAGGAAACUGAAGUUAGAUCUUAAGAUGGAAGUCUUGAGUCUGACAGAUGUUACAGGAGGCCAAUAUCAGCAGGCCAAUACAGACCUCUUAUGGAUACACUGAUAUCAUGUUUGCUGGUGUGUGUGUAAUAUUUUCACAGAACAUUUAAUGCAGAAAAUGAUGAGAAGUCAUGUCAUCAUGUAGGUUACUGAGUACAAAUAUCUGUAUCACUGUCUAGGGCUGGGCGAUAAACAGAAAUUUUACUGAUGCCGAAAUGUACGAAAAUAACCGACGUCAUUUUGCCCAUGUUAAUAUAUUCGGUGUCAGAAAAUAAAUAAAUAAAAGUUGGUUUUGGAUGUGUGUAGGUAGGCUAUGGUCUCAUGUCCCUUUAAGACACUGUCCUGGAUCAGAGACGUGACUCCACCCCAUCCAGUCCAUAACAGAUAGGUGAGGAGAUGGAGGACGGUUCAAAAGUUGCAGCGGCUGAAGUAGACAAAGUUAAUGUGGGAGGGGCUGAGCAGCUUGUGGAGUAGUUAUCGUCCAUUUAUCGUUAUCGAGGUGAACUGCUCAAUAUAUUGUGAUAUUGAUUUGAGGCCAUAUCACCCAGCCCUAUCACUGUCUGUAGUAAAGGUUGCAGAUCAUCAGAGCUAAGCAGAUAGAUAGACAGUCGCCCACAGGUGUCUAUCUGUCUACCAGUUUGCUCAUUAUUUUGCUUUAGAGCAUUUCUUUUCAAAAUUAGCUGCACUUUGAGUUUAGAGCUCAUGGUUGAAUGCUUACCAUCAACAUCACUGUGAGCAUUUUAGCAUAAUGAUGUUCUCAUGUAUCUCAAAGCAUCAUUAUCACUUUCAGAAAAGAUAUCUUUUCUCUCCUUGGAGGCUGUCGUUCAUGAAAUGAGAUGUUUCUUGGAGUUAAUUUGUGAUGAUGUCCUUGAGGCUCCUCUCCCCCGUCUUGAAAAGAGUCACUUCAGAUCACCUGAUUAAUUUCCUCACUUUUUGUUUGGGAGCGUUUUCAUUUAAUAAACAGCUAACAAAUACUAUUUGAUUAAUCUGCCUACGCCUGUUACGUUGGAGGUGACUGAUUAACUCUGAUCGCAGCCUUGCUUACCUCCAAGCAUGCAAGGAAUGGAGAUUUAUCUAUUACUGCAAAGCUGCAGAGAAGCCUGGCUGCCUGUUCGUGCUGUGGCAUUAGGGAACGUUUGAGCCUAGAGAUGAUUUGGGUUUUAUUAUUCACAUAAUGCAUCAGAGAUGAGCCCUCUGAGUUGCUGUUUCAUAAUCAUAAUCACAGCUGUAACCCUGCGCCACUGACUGGGAUGUAGACAGAACAUGAGAAACGGAUGACGGGCGCUCGACAUGCUGUUUGUACUCAUUACAGAGAGGGAGAAGGAGCUGUAGUUCAACGGGCGUCGUCUUCCCAGCUCUCUGUGCUCUCGGUUAAUCUACGACUGCUGUCUGAUUAGUCAGGAGGAACGAGCAGAGCGGGCCGCCAGCGGACAGCCGAGCAGUUAUCUUCAUUUCUGUCCCCUCGGCUUACAGCUUUCUCUCAGCGACACACUCAUUUCCUCUCCCUCUGUCUCAUCUUUGUCUCUUCUACCAGCUCUCUCCUCUUACUUUCUUCCUCCGCACUGUCUGUCUCUCUGUAUCCUCCUCUCAAUCUCAUGUUUUAAUGGCCUGACAAGCAGGGCAAUAAUCCCUCUAUUAUUAUUCUUGCUGCAGAGAAAGAAAAAAAGAGAAAAAGCCUGAGGGGGUAGACAGGGAGCCAUUUAUAUAAAAUGAAUGUGAUUAUUCUGGUGAAGGAACCACGCUCCACAGGCUCUGUCUUUGCAUUCAGGGCUGUGGUUAUCCAAUACACCAAUAUGUGUGCAGACGGAGCUGCCGUCCCUGUGGCUGGAGACCUCGGACAAAUCUUUUGUCACAUGGCCAAAGCCAGUGACAAAGUCCGGACUGUGGAGUCAGUGAUACAAGAGCUGAGCUGUGCUAUCAGACACCAGAGUAUACUCUGAUCACAGACAGGCAAACUGAGUAUUCAAAAUCAAUUUCAUCAAGAAUUCAUUUGUGCAUGUUUGUGUCUGUAACAUUAUAAAUGUACUGUGAAUAACAAAGUAGUCAAACACAUGCUCAGUUUUCUUUUCGUCAGAGGUUUUGAUGGGGGUUUUGUCAUUCUGCUUGAGUUAGACAGCUGUAUUUAUUAAGUAGUGACAUGCUAUGAUAACAUCUGCAUAAUAUGAUUCCACUAGAAUUAAUUUUGAAUAAUUUUCCAGCUUUAGAUAGCAGAAGUUAUUAGAUUUUUUUCUCCAUUUUAGACCACAGAUCAGUUUAAGAUUUGGUAAGAGAUAGAGUUAAGUCACUUAAUGUAGAUUUAAAAAGUUUCAGAGACAGCAAUUCAGCUUAUCUUACUUUACAAUAUAUUUAUGUGCAUGAUAUAAAGGUAAAAGCUCUUAGAUGCUAGGGAGUUCAUCACAGAGGACGUGAAAUCUUAUUAUAUCUUACUACCAUAAUGAAAUAUUGACUUCACUCUGCUAUUCAAUUUCCUGCUACUCAAAUUUUUUAUGUAAAAACAUAGCCGUCUGGACACUGGGGAACAUCAAGCAGCAACCUUUGGAAAAUGAAAAGCCAGUGCUGGUCUGCUACGAACUGCAGUCUAAAUUAAAAUCUUUACACCAGAGGCAGGUUUUCCAAUGCUGUAUUAAGGCCAAGUUUGCAAAAUUCCCCUUAUUUUUCAUGCAGAGGAAAACAAUGCGCCCCUAAAUCAAGGUGGCGUCCUCUUAUCAAGGUUGCCUUUUAACUGAUGUGUGUAGCAAAGAAGAAAAACGCUGCAGCCAGGAAUAAAACCAAGUUUACCACAGCACGGACAAUCACACCUGGUUUGCUCACCUCCACUUUAAAAGUUUGAAGAGAUAUUCCAGCAUAAAAUUAAUUUAGGGUCAAACACAUCGUAACACCGAGUUAGAAACCCCCUUGAGAGAUGAAUGUUGCCAACCACCUGCUUCUCUAGUAAUACCAACCUUCGUAACAACUGCGCGAUAGCAAUACACAGCGGUCUGAGGAGCCAUAAACAAACCUCAACCAAAACGCCACUCUAUAGCCACAAAUAAUGCUCAGAACAGCACCUGUUCUGAGGCAGGGUGACGCAGCUCAAGGAAGAACAUUUAUGAUCAUUUCUUCAUGGAAAUGCAAUCAAACCGAUAUGCUAAGGCAGAAGAACUACCGCGUCUGCAGUGCAAAAUGAUUAAUACAAUGGUUAUUACUUCAAGGAAAUGAUAAAGAAAUGAUCAUAAAUGUUCUUCCUUGGGCUGCGCUCCCCCACCUUAGACCAUGAUAGGUUGGCCUGAGGUCUUGCUACAAAUAAGCAGCUGCUGGAAGAGAGUGGGUGAGUUGUGUUUAGUCUCUUUGCUAAAGAAAUCAGGCAAAGUUAAAAAGAUGUUUGGUGGUUAGUACUAUGGCUGGGACCCUGUAUGUAUUGCUGAUGAAGUUAGGUGAUGAUCUGAGCAUUAUUUGUGGCUAUAAAGUAGUGUUUUGGUUGAGGUUUGUAUUUGGCUCCUGAGGCCAUUGUGUAUUGCUAUCAUGCGGUCGUUACUAAAGUUAGUAUAACUAGAGAAGCAAGCGGUCGGCAACAUUGAAUUCUCGAGGGAGUGUCUAGCUCUGUGUUACGGUGUAUUUAAACCCUAAAUUAAUUUUAUGCUGGAACAUCCCUUUAAGUCUUUGUUAAACACUUUUGCAAUGGCAACCCAUUGAUCCCCAAAAACAGGAAGUAGUUUUUUGAGGCGUUUAUUAUGUGUGUACAGUCACCAAACUUGGUACACAUGAGCUCAGAGUAGAAACAAACACAUUCAGUAUAGUUUUCAGUUUUCAGUAUAGUGAUGUGUCUUGUUAAAACCUACAAAAAUGUCUCUUGGACCCCUGUACAAAACCAACAGGAAGUCUGCCAUUCUGAAAAAAAACUUAAAACUAUGAGCUCCAUAUCUCUGAUGAUAUUAUCAUACUCACUGUCUCUCUGUUCCUGCAGGCUGCACAUCAUCAUACCAGCUGACUCUGUGUUUGAGGGUUGCUCACUCAGCCCGCAGCCAUGCCAGACGUGAAGCCUCCUCCACCAUGUGACUACCCUUGCACCUCCUCAGUCACAGCCUCCGCCAGCUCUCCUGCUGGUUGUGCUUCUCCAUUCAACCUCCUCAUUGACAUGGAGCCUUGCAUCGCCAACCUCCCCCUGUCCCCAGACCCCUUGAACUCAUUCCCCCGUCACAGGCCCGGCGUCCCUCACUACCCAGGCAUCCAAGGUCCUCCCUUCCCACUCAUGGCCCGGUGUAACAGCAGCACCCUGCUCACUAACUUGGGGCUGAGGUACUGCUCCAGCAGGCAGGGUCCACUGGGGACAGGCUCAGGCCAGGGUCUGGUUCCUGGCUUCUGUGGCCACACUGGCAGCAAUGGCAGCAGACCUUACAGGAGUAUGGAGAACCUGAACUGGAACAAUGUAGCAGAUUCUAGCUUUUGUGGAUUUAGUGCUGCCCCCUACAGGAGCAUGGACAGUGAGUUUAUUUUACGCUACACCUCUACCAGUCACUGGUGCGGGGGGUCCCCAGAUGGCUCUAUGGUGGGAGCUCAUGGACUAGUACCUAGCCCAGAUAACUUAGCAUUUUACCCUCGACAUGGACUACCCAGAAAGGACCUACCACUCUUUCCUCAGCUGCUGUUUCCUGGUGGAGUCGACGAAUGGGAUGCAAGGAAAGGCCUGAGGGAGAAACUCCGCCUCCAGAGUGCGAGGUCCUCAGUUGAGCCUGUGAAACCGCUUCCUUUACGCCCUCAACUAACCCCAGGUGCUGCGCCCUUUGAACGGGAGGGUGUAAAUCAUGUGAUUCCAACUUCUUCUGGGUCGAGGCCGGUGUGCACGAUGCGCAUCACAAACUCCGAGGACAUCAAGCAGGAAGUGCUGAGGCGCUUACAGCUCCGACGGCAGAACAGCAGCCCAAACCUGGCGCUCCAAAGCUCCAGUCCGAAGGUGGUGAAGACAUCCUUCACCACAGACAACAUUGCUGGAAACAAAAACGGCUCAGAGUCAGCAGCUGAGCGCAGUAGACCUCCUGUGGGACGCCUUCAUAUACCUACAUUUGAGGAGUUUAAGAGGAUGAGGCAGAAGGAGGGGGAGCAAGGUAAAGAGGCCACAGCGGGUUCUGUGGGUACAGUCAGCGGUGAGAUAUCUCCUUCUGAUCAGCUGAGCGGAGAAGGAAAAAAGGAGGAGUCAGAGAGGUUAGAGGGAAAAACAUGCAGAAAUGAAAGGACAGACAACAGCGCUGAACCCCUGCAGAGUAUCACCUCCUUAGAAACACCUCCAUGUAACAACAACCCAACUCCUACCUCCACCUCUGUUACCAGCACAUACUCUCCCAUCCGCACAGUCCCCACCCCUCGUCCACCCCUGCAGCCCCUGGCCAACUCAGCCCAGGAGAAAACCCCUGCCGCUCCAUUUGGAGAUGAUGGAGGCACCCGGCGUAGGAGGAGCAGCCUGGAACCAGUUGGAUCGGUCCCCUUCCCUCCCUGCAGGGAGAACUGGGAACGGCCCUCCAGCUGCUGUCCUGCGCUUCUUCUGGAGGGGACGGACCUGUCGAGCUACGGAGCCAAGAUCUAUAAGAUGAAGGAUGGCCUUAUUGGAUCAGCACUGGACCUCAUCAAGAAGAGGUGAGUUUGGGCAAAGGAGCAAAAAAAAGAGAGGGUUUCUGUUUAUGUUAUAGUAUUUUUUUCCCUAAUUUAAAGGGAUUUUCCGCGGUAAAUUGAUUUAGGGUCAAACACACUGUAACACUGAGCUGCGUCACCCCGCAGCAGUCGAUGGACUCGCCCAGAGGUCUUGCUAGAAAAAAGCGGCUGCUGGAGGAGAGUAGGUGAGUUGUGUUUAGUCUCUUUGCCAAAGAAAUCAGGCAAAGUUAAAAAGAAGUUUGGUGGCUAGUGCUAUGGCUAGGACCCUUUAUGUACUGUUGAUGAAGUUAGGUGCUGUUCUGAGCAUUAUUUGUGGCUAUAGAGUGGCUUUUUGGUUGAGCGCGUGGCUCUCUGUCUUGCUAUCUGCUGUUGUUAAAAGUUGGUAUAACUAGAGAAGCAAGCGGUCAGUAACAUUCAUCUGUUGACGGGGUGUCUAACUCGGUGUUAUGAUGUUUUUGACCCUUAAUUAAUUUUACGCCGCAAUAUCCCUUUAAGCUGAGGUAGGCAUUUUUCCAUUGGAAGCAUUUUUGGCAUCAGAAGUGCUCAAGUUUCUUUCAAAUCAUAAACUAGUGUGUGGUUGCAUUUGAAGGAGCAUUGGCUCUCUAAAAAAGAGAAAAAAAUAAAGAGCAGCACAACAGUUUGAAACACACAGUUAUUAAAUCUCAGAACCCACUGGCUGUCAUCGAACAGCAGUUUCAUUUGAACCUAUUUACAUACCUGCAUGCAGGUGCCUUUAGAUGUUAUUCCUUAACAACAACUUAUUUCUUGUCAUGUUGCUCGUCAGACUGCAAUCUCUGAAUCCAUUAGCAAUCAUCAUCUAUCAUCAUCUGAUGAUGAGAGGAAAGGUGAUGCCUCGGGGAACAGAUGCCAACUUUUCAGUAAUUACGGUGUGAGCCAGCAGCCGCGAAAAUGACUUCCAGCCAAGAUUCCCUUUCCAGUGGCGCAUCUAUGUCUGCGAUGUAAACACUGUCAUUUCUUGGUCCAUUACAUCCCCUGUGUUAUCACCGGCUCUUUAGGUUCAACAAUAGACAAACUGACGCUUCACUCUGGCUUACUCUAUUGAUAUGAGGCCAGAAAGAAACCUACUGUUAAAUUAUUAUUCACGGGUGUUAAAAACCUUGUUUGAAAUUUCAUAUCUGUCUUUGUAAAAACACAACAUCUAACCUCCAUUCUCCUUGAGUGGAGGUUGGCUCGGUAAAUUCAGUAAAUCAAACCACUAUGAACAUCUGUAAAACAGUGUCGAGGAAAUUUGUGUCUCUUUGUUUGUUAGCUUCACUCUGAAGACAAUAGCUUUUGUUUUUGCCGACUACUUGAACACACAGAGAGCAGAGUUUCUUCCUUGGGAGGAGCUUUUGAAAACUUUCCAGUGACUCAAAACAGUCGUGACUAUUAUCUGAGAGCUACACCACUCGGUCCGUCUGAGUUGAAAUGUCUUUUAAAUGAUGAGAGAAUCAGUCACUUUGUAGCACUCCUAGCUUAGCUGCAUAUCCACCUUUUAGCUACUCUGCACUCUGCUCAUGAACACAUUGUGCAUUAGUUGUGAAAUCCUUAGUGUGUGACUCCAUCUAUGAAUCCAAACCAGCUUCAGGCAUCCAAAAUGAGAACAAAGGAGCCAUGAUUUUUUCUCUUUUUUUUUUUCUUCCCAGUACUUCUGAGACUGGACAAUUUUACCAAUUAGCGUCUUGUUUUUAAUCCUGCUAAUCUUUUUAGUUGUGAAAUUAGAUUCAGUGGCUCUCAUCACAUGUAAGCCCUGUAGCAGCUUUCAUCAGCAGAGGUGUGUGUGUUUAUCAGUGUACGUGAACAUGCUUUCAUGUGUGCUUGGCAGUGCCCGUGUGUUGUAUCUGUGUGCGUGUGGGUCCAUCUGUUUGAGCCUUAACGAGUUGUUGUGUUAUCGAUUUAUCUCAGUUAUUGUGCUAACAGCUGUCAGAGCUAACAGUGUUGGCUCCUCAGAUGAGACUGUGGGCGGGAGGGUUGGCAUCAAACAUGUCAGACUGGAAGACUGGCAGCAUCCCCGCAGAACUGCUGUCUCUUCCCUGUCAGCUUUUGGCUGAAAAAAUGCAGUUUUAACUCCGUCCUGGUUCAUCCUGAUCAAGGACAAACAAGAGGAGGGUGUGUUUUACAGCUCUGUGGUGCCAAUCGGGUCCAGGCCUCUGUGCAAUGUAAAUAUUAGACCCUAAGCACUGAGAGGUGCUUGAUAAGGCUGUUGAACGAUCUAAACUCCACCCCCCUACAGGCUGCAUGCUAUGAUAGAUGGAAGACAUAGUCAGUAUCUCUCGCUGCCUGUCAGGACCCUCCACUGACUGUCGCUCCUUUGUCUGCACUGCUGGAAGGAAUGAUGGAUGUCUGAAGCUGAACUGCAUGGAGGCAGCAGAAAAAUAUCUGCUGUGUGAGUCUUUGUGUGUUGAGCUGCAGGCAUGGCUGCAACUACAGCCUCUUUUUUUUAGUUCAUCUGUGAAGCAAUAGAACUGUGAAAAUAUCCAACAGGAUGUCUUCAAAUUGCUUCUUUAUCCGAUCAACUCUAAAACAUACCAGCAGAUCUGUCAGGCUGCCCAGGGUGCUUUUUUUCCACUACAGGAGUAAGAGACUGGCAUGAGCUGUCUCUGCAAGAAGAAUUAUGAAAGUGCAAAAAAGAUUGUAGAUUAAAGUUAUAAGUGAGUGCAAAGUGUGGAGAUGCCAACCUAUGGAGUUGAAAAACUGGCUUACCUGCAGAUAUAAGGUCUCUAAUAUUAGGGUUGACAGAUAUUAGUUCUUAAGGGCUGAUACUGAAUUCAUCGAUUACCAAUAUUUGCAAAAUUGACAGUAAAAACAGAAUUUGAUCAAAUUUAGAACUUGGAAAACAACAAACUUCAGUCAUCUAGAGUCACAAGACAGUCAUGUCACACUGUCAGGGGAUGUCCAUUUAUCCAUAUAGAGUUGUAGGUGAGACAUUUGGUCAGAAGAGAGAGUCAUUAAGUGCACACCAGAGAAAAAGACACACUAGAAGCGUAGCACAACUUUUUUAAGAUAAAUCAUUUUAUCUGCCAUCAGUCAGCAAAAGGAUGAUAUCAGCCCCAACAAUAAACCUAGGCUGAUUAUUUAGGCUGGAUUAUUUAAUGUUUAUUUUGUAAGUGGUGUAAGAUAUCAGAUCUAAAGGGAACAUCCAAAAUGCCAAUAUUUUUAAACUCAUUUUGGCUGAUACUUACUCUGAUAUAUCCUCUUAUUUUAUCAUCCUUAAGAACCCAAAGCCUUUCUUUGACAGAAUUGACCUGAUACUCUAACUGUGGAAGUCUAUUAGAAAUUCUAUUAUAGAUCAUAAAUAUAGGUUUCCUUUUAUACAGCCCACAUAUGUAAGCUGUCAUCAAGUGCAAGAGUUCAUGCAUCAACUUCCUCACCAAUAUUUAUACCCGCAAAAUUUUUCAUAUCUACCGAUACUGACAGUCAACUUUUUCUUCAUACGAUUGUAUGGCCUUUAUUUGAUUGGACAGGAAAGUGUAUAAAACAGGGAGUGAGGAGAAAGGAGCCACAGGCUGGAAAUGAACCCAGGCCUCCUUUGUACGUGGAACUCACUUGAUUACUAGGAGAGCAGCGCCCCCUAUAAUUCACUUUCUAAGGUAUUAUCUGCCUUAAAGAGGACUAUACUGAUCCCUAAUAUAUUUAGACAUAUACAUGUUUCAGUGCCUUAUAUAAAGAGGACAGGACAGUGGACGUAUCCAGGAGAGAGGAAGGAGCCACAGGUUGGAAUCACACCCAGGCUGCCUGCCAAACAUAUGCCAUCACUCAUAGAGGUAUAGUUUUAAUAUUGUACUUAAAAAAUGGGAAUAGAUAAGAAUUUAUUGAUAGUGAUGCCAGUGCCUGAUUAUGAAUCCUAUGAUUUCUAUAAAUUCCCUAAUCAAUUGCCAGUUUUUACCUCCACUGUUCUGCUUACAGUACCUUUUAAAUACUGUUCAUCUUUGGUAAAAACAAUCCAACACAAAACACAAAAGCAAAUCCUCACAUUUGAAGCCUAAAAUCAUUACCACCCUGCUUACAGACAUGAUUGACUACAAGAGCUCUAGACUGUCUCCCGAUCGAUUAGUCAUCUUAUCGUUCAGCUUUACUGCAGCCCUCUCUUAGAGCCCAUCGGCUGAGCUACGAGCUCCUAUUUAACAUUGUUUAUUCCAACUGAAUUAAUCUUUUAUGUAGAAAAAGCACCCUGAAUGCAGCACACUGCGCUCUCCCUCUGGUGAUUUAAAUGUGACUGGAGGCCCUGUGAAUGUUUUAAUGUUUGUGGAUUUAUUAAUUAAACAUGACGGCAGUCUGUGUGAUCUCUGCACCCGGAGGUGUUUGACUUCCACCGGUAAGUCUUUUAGUUUAAGUGUUUCAUGCGGCUGAAGUUGCAUACAGAGCACAAUGCAGCUCUGGUGGUAUUAUUAGAGUAAUAUUCACAUUAUUUCACCUGGGAGGCUUUUAUUAAAAAAAAGCAGUGAAGCAGUGGAGAGCUUAUACCACAGUCACACUGCUGCUGAUGAGGGAGGCAUGUGUCCACCGUUUCGAUCAUGUUUUGUCUCUAUUAGAUCCACACAGUCAUAAAUAUAUUAAACUCGUUGCUGUGAUGGAAACGACAGCCAGGCUAAUUUCAGAGUGGAAGCGUGUCGUGUAGAGCAGUGAUCUAUCACAUAUAGUGUAUCCUGAUAAAUUAAGCUGCAGGUUAUUACUUCCCAUGCAUCAUCCGCAGUGUGACAGCUAAUACUGUGAAGGAAAGGCUUAUAGUGACAGUGUGACCAAGAGGGGAACCAAUCGGAUGCUUCAAAACUACAUUAAUUGAACCUGGCUUUGAAAAGUGUAAUUUGGACAUUCGGACACCUCUAAUCUGCUGUGAUGGCUUUGUUUGUUGGAUUUGAUUAUGCCGACAACACAAAACAGUGAAGGUUGACAGGGUUUGUAGGAGUGUAAUAUGAUUAAAGUGGGUGUUAAAGUGCCACAGAGCAUCAGAGGGCUGCUGACACAGAGUUCGGGAGUUUUACUGGUUUGGGGGGAGAGACAGCUCGGAGAGGAUAGCAUUAUGUAAGUAAGCAUUAGAAUAAUGAGACCUCAUUUUGAGGCGCCUUGGGGAUAUUUGAGGUUUCAUUACAGGCUAAAGUGAAGUGCAUAUCAUAACAGGAGUUAAGCUGGGAUGAUUGAAAUGUGAACUGACAGAAAUCAGUCAAAUCUGUUCUGGUUUCUGCUUCUCUUCAUGAUGUGAUUUGAAGACUUCCUCUGUUUCAUUUCAGUUUCAGAUUUAGAUCAAGUUACUUUAGUCAAUGUUAGAAAACAACAAACAAGAACUUAACAGGACAUGACAAAUAGUUUUAGAGGCACACAAUAGACACAACAGUAACUAAUAAAAGGCUGUAGAGUCAUUUGUCCGCAAUCAAUGAUGGUAAAACAGCGGUCAAUAUCAGGAGCAGUGUUUGAGUUAUUGCUUCAGUAAGAGAAAGUGCUCGUGCAUGGUGAGCACAGUUUAGUGAGGUCGUGUUCAGUCCUUUUUUUGUUGUUGUUGUUGGUAUAGAUGGAGAGCAUAAGCUCCAGUUAGGAACUUUGAGUUCGUGUCACUUUUGGCACCCCCCUGUGGACACUACAUGCUUAAAUGGAGACUUGAUAAAAAUGUCAUCCUUCUUAUUUUCAACAGCCAAAUGAUCAUUUAACAUAAAAACAAGGCUGUUUUUUCAGCUGCUCGACGGACACCUACCCCCCUCCUACCAGUUUCAGACAAUUAAAGUGACUAUAUAGAAAUCAUCAAUCUUGUCCGUGAUGGUUUAAAGUGUCUUUCAAUACCAUGAAAAGGCAUCAGUAUGAAUUCAAGUUGAUUUCAUUCAUAUCCGAAAACUCCUCAUAGUAGCUUUAAAGAACUGUUGCAACAUUAAGGGAGGCAAGACAAGUGUAGAGCAACACAUUACUUUAUAAACAAUACUAAUAAAUGCAAUUAACAUACCUUUCACCAUUCAUUUCCAGUAAUGUUCAGAUCUAUAACUUAGCUAUAUCACCAGAUCUGUGACCAAACUUCUCCAGAGAGCGCACUGCCUCAUAAAUGAUUCUUUGUCAUGCUUUUAUUUUCAUAUUUAAAAAGAAAAAAUCACCUAAUAAAAUGUGUUUUCACUCAAGAGUAUCUACCUCUCCAGUUUUAGAGAAUUGUAUACUCUCCUCUGCACCCUUGCUUAGCAGUUUAUCAGACUAAACUGCUCAACAGAGAAAGUAAUUAAGCGGUGAUUUCCCAGUUUAGCUGUAAAAUAAUUUGAGAGAUCAUAGGAAAAGAGAAACCUCCCAUGUUUGUGGUGUAGCUGCAGUAAAAGUGGAUGUUUGACUGACCUUAUAAAGGUUGUAAAUAGUCAGACUUGUAGACAAUAUAUAAGCUUAAGAGCCAGUUCCACUACAUCUGAACAUGUUUAUGGCCGCUGCUGUUGGGUAAAAACCAAAAAGCAUUGCCAUGAUCAACACAUAACCCUCUUGCUCCUGUGACUAACCAUCCCCCCUCUCUCAUAAACAAACGCGCUUUGAAAGAAAAAGUCAAUAAUUCAGGAAUUUACAGUCUUUCUUUCUUUCAUUGGGAGAGCCAGACACUCUUCAGACUCUGUUAUGGGUUUCGACCCUUCAGCCUCUUCAACCUGCUGAGCCAAUAAAAAAACACGAACAUGUUUGAUUUGUGUAAAGAUAUAAUCAUGUCUAAAAUGCUGUUACUAAAGCUUUAUUUUGCCGCGAUAUUAUGUUUCACACUCGAGCCUGCUGGACUGUGAAGCUCACCGGUGUUUGAAAAAAUCAAUAUACCAUGUAGUUCCUGUUGUUAAUUAUGUCUGUCAGCAAAAUAUAGAGACAUGUGCAUUACUUUGAAGCCUGACUAAUCAAUAUGACUACUUGUAAUGAGAAAAGAGUCGCUUGCUGUUAGGAAUUCAAAGGGAAAUGCCGUCAUCACAAAUUUCUGUUACAUUUUUUCAUAAAACACCUCUGAACAGAAUAUUUAUAUUGAAAAGCUGCCAAAGUACAGGGGAGAGAAGAGAGAUAUUUAUGAAAUCAUUCAUUUGGCUUGCCUUGUUGUAUUGUAAUUUCACAGUAAUUAGGUUUUACAUGCGGCUGUAACUGAUUAAUUGACUCUGUUUUCCCUUGAUUCAGCUUCUCGGGCUGCAUGGAUGUUAAUUCUCUACCCUAAGACCGGCAGAGACUAAACCUGCAGGAUGAGAGGUGCAGGCACUUCUCAAAUACCACAACCAAAUACAAAUAUAUGUUAGAAAACCUAUUGAUACUCGGCUAAAAUAUUAUAAAAUAUAUUAUAAAAUAUAUAUUUGAUUUGAUUUGAUUUGAUAAUUUUAUUUAAGUUUCAUACACCAAAAUUGGUGCCCAGCCCCAUGGGCUUAUUAGACACUGUUCAACAGAUUCAAAACACAAUGUAUCCAAGACAGCCACACAACAUAAUAUACAACAACAAUAACAACAAAAAUCCAUUAAGAAUUGUAAUACAAACAAUGAGGAUAAUGAAAGAAAAACAAGAAAAGUUCAUCCUACAGGGUACAAAAUACUUUGUCGCAUAUGCCAAGCUUUUUCAACAAAUUUUGCCAAAACAAAAACAUCCUUAUCAUAAAUAUAUCAUUUAUUGGCUGAUUCUUCAAUAUAAGGGCAGGAAAUACCCUGACAUCACUUAUCAAUGAAACUAUAGUAUAUGAAACAAGACAUUAGGGGGCAAUGUUUGAGAAACUGCACAAUUCAGCAAGAUAUGAUACAACAUGAUACAACUGAUUUUUUUUAUAAACAAAUAAUAAAGAAAAAAAAAGGUCAUAUUUCCUCCGAGGGUUGAGUCAUUUUUGACUCCAGUUGGUUGUCGUUGCAUCUUAAAUGUGAUUAAAGAGGUUUUAAAAAAUAUUUGAUGACCAUUUUGUUGAUUGGUUAAUGAUUGUUUCAGUCAUAAAACAAAGGGGUUCCCUAAAAAUGAAAAAACGGUCCAUGUUGUCGUGGUUCAUUGUGAGCGUUCACUCCUGAGGCACACCUCUUUCUUACGCUUAUUUUCUCUGCUCUGUGUUUUGUCUAAGCUCCUCUAAAAGCAUGCACAGGCCCCUGCAGGCAUGCAUCUGUGACUGUGUUCAUGUUUGUGUGCGUUUCUGUAUCGUGUGGUUUUAGCGUUGUGCCACACAGUGUGUAUGACUGCUUGUCUGUUUCUGUGAAAGUGUCUCAGAUCGCAUGCCGGCUGCUGUGUGAUGCAAGAAUGGAUCUCUGUCUGACAGACAAAGGAAUGAGGGAGAGGAACGUGUUCAUGUGUCGGCAGCAGCCCGGUGGUAACCCAGGGUUCAGGUGUUAAUGUCCACUCAUGGGUCUAAUUGCUGUCCCCCUGAGGAAGGAGGGGGCAUUGAUUCAGGUCUUUUGAGGGUUUAGAGGGAUGAUGGAAGAGGAGAAAAGAAGGAAGAGUGGGUGGGGAGGAUGGAAGAAGACACAGCAGCAAGGAUGUGAGAAUGAGUGACAGAGAUGCUCUGCAAGAAUAACAAUCGCAACCCGCCUCUUUUCUCCCUUUUUCUCCCUCCUUUGACUCUCUAUUCUGUUUCUGUCUCCUUCUCUGUCCUCUCUUUUCCUCUUUUUCUUCCCCCUUGUCCCUCCCCAUCCCUCUCCCUCCCCUCCUCUUUCCGUCCAUCUCUCUCUUCUCUGCCGCUGCCUCCUCUUUUCUCUCCACCAGCUGCAGUGCAGAGAUCUCUGCCGAGGCCCCCGUCAGGCUGUCAGCUGACCAGGACGGAGGCUGUGACAUCACCGCCCCCUCGACCGACUGUCAGCCCUCCGCCGUUGCCAUGGCAACGUCGGCAACGGCCUGCGGAGCCGAGGCUGGCGACGAGACGCCUGCAGGAGGAGGAGAGGAAGCAGCAGAAUGCGUAAGUAUUCUUUCAGAUUUUCUUCUCGCUCCUUAACGUCUUAAAAGCGUCCUCUUCUCUCUCUUUUGCACGCCACCUUUUAUGGUUACAACUAUCAAACGGAAACAUAUACAUGUAUUGGUAUUCAAGGAUGACUGGGACGAGGAAGGAGACUGCGACAUAUGCACACACAUACAGAUGCACAUCACCAACACAUCCUGAUGCAGAGGUAUUUGUUGAGGCAAGUACGAGCAUUCAGCAUAGCGCCCUGUCUUCCAGCGACAGCUCGAUGUCUGACGAUGCAGAAAAAAGAGGAUCAGCAGCUGGAUGCUGGUAACUCAGCGCUUCCUUCCUUCCUUCCUUCCUCCUCUCUUUCUCUGCAUGGCGCCUCAGCUGCUGCAGCUAGCAUUAAGCUUCCUCUCUGUGCAUCUGCAGAAGAGAAGAGCCCCGGCUGACAUGGUGCUUUUCUUUGCAUGCUACAGAGCAGCAGGUAGUUUGGAGAACAGAUGUCGAGCUGCGUUUUGCUUCUUGCCUCUCUUUAAAUUCCUCUGCUUUGAAUCCACACUGGAGCCUGCAUCUGCAUUCCCAAAGUAAGAGCUGCAUUUGAUAUUUCAGCUGGACAUGAAUUAUUCUCCUUCAUUUAGGCUGAUAGCUGCGAGCUGUAUAUCAUGUUCCUCUCUGUUAGAAAAGGAUGAAAACCUCCCUUUGUCUUGCAGUUGUGUGCUGUAGCUGUUAGCUGUCAGAGCUCUGUCAACAGUUGCGGAGCUUAUCUUCGAUAAAUAGUCAAUAUGAUCAGAAUCAUCGGAUGUAGGUGAUGUCUCUUGGGUGAGGGGUCUAGUGUCAGAGCAGUGACCUUUGAACCUUCCACUUAAGGUCACCUCCUUGGAGCUUCAUAGAGCCUAAAAGGAUGUGAAAACACCACGUGAGGAGUGUUUGUCAAUGCAGGAUGCUGCAGCAUGUCGGGGAAUUCCUCUUUACCUCCAGAAAAUCCAGGAGACGUCUUUGAAUUGAUGGGACGUCUUUUAUCUUCAAGGCUGGAUGGUUUAAAGAUGUGAUCAGAGCGGUUAUUUGGAUGCAUGGCCUUGUUGCGUUUAGCGUCUGUCACAAGACUUGGCAGACGAUUAAUGCUGCGUCUCAGUAUGAAAUUUGGAUUCUUGGCAGUCCUGCAGGCUGGGAUCAGAGAGAUAACCAAGAUUUGUUAUGUAAUGAUUUCAUGGUAGUAAACAUGGUGACAUUGCACACAAAUUUACACACACACAAACACACACACGCUUUGAUCCCUCUCCUGUCAUUAUCCUCACCUUAUCUUCCCCAAGAGUUGUGCCCUUUUCCAUCUGUUGCCAUAGCAACCUGACCGUUUGAUUGACACACGUGUCCUUCCAACCGGCAGCACACCGGUCUGGGCUGCAGGCGCUCCAGCUUGGAUGCAGCCUAUGAGCUGGCUGAGACGGUGAGAGCUCAGCGCGAGUGUCGUCUCCGGCCUCACUACAGCGACCCCAUGCCAGCAGACGCAUCCAAGCGCAAACAGCUGGAGAUGAAGAUCGCUGCCGCCGCCAGACUCCACGGCCACCGCCGGGACCGCGACAGAGACAGAGACAGUGGUGAGUACACAAUACAUGAGGGACUGCUGUGUCAGUUUGUGCCUGUCAGAGUUUGACAUGCUCAGCAUGGAGUGUAAAGCACUCUUAAACAAGCUGAGGAGCUUAAAGGCUGUAAAUAAUUGCUGUAAAACUAGACAACAUUUAGCAGGCAACUUAUACAAAGUCCAAUCAUUCCUUAAAAUCUGCGAAUCAGAGAAAGAAAAUGUUUUAAUGUCUCAUAAUAUGCAGAUGUGUGUCGCAGUCUUCUGAGAGUCAUAUUAAUGAUUAAAAGUUUAAAUCCUGUGAAGCAUUAGGAUGACUUUGAAAAGGAACUCUGAGUCAGUGUUGUUUGAACUAGAGCAUCUCAUAAUUGUUAAAAGCCACACCACAUUUUGAUGGAUUUCGAACCGUGCACUUGUCAAGCUUUUGGUUGCAGGAAAGUAAGAACUUCAAAAACUGCAAACUUAGAUGAGGAAAAAAAGAAACCAGCUAUCAGACAUAUAACAUUCCUACAAUAAACAAUCUCUCUGGGCUUGUUGUAUAACAAUUCUGGCAUAGAGUGUUUUUCAGGAGGAAUAAAAAACUAACAUACUAAAACUAACUUAUAGGUCCUAAGAAUGACAUGCAGGGAAAAGAAGGGGUUUCUAACCUUUUGGCACAAAGUUGAUUCACCACAAAGAAGUAACAUGGUAGAAGUCAAAACAGCAGUAACAGGAAAUAACUAUAUUUCCUUACUUUUCAAACCAAAUGCAGCACAGAAAUAUUAGCGUUCAAUACCCUUAGCCCAAAUACGCUCGGACCGUUAGCUAGCUAUAGUUGAUGUGCUCUUAGCACCUUUAUUUGACUUGCUUAUCAGUGUCACUUCUUGACCACAGACCAUAAUCCGUCUCACUGAUAUCUUUUUCUUACAUACCCCUUACCAUUAUUAUUGUUUUGUUAAUACAUUCAAGUUGUUGGAAAACACAUUGUGGUAGAAACUUUGCAAUUGUUUUAGUUAUGUGUGAAUAAUGGGAACUUGUAAAGAGCCAUGACACUGAGAGCGUAUGACGGCCUCUUAAGUUAACUGAGCAAAUUUGAGAGAUAAGGAGGACGUUUUUACAACAGUGCAGUAAAAACCAUCAGACUUAUGACGGAGAUUCAGACACUUUAGGGGAGGUUAAACUUUGAUGCACAAUGCAAAUCCACUAAGUUUUGCAGUUUAAAAAUCAGUCUGGAGAAACUUCAAAGUAUUUUCACGACUUUGAGAAUGAAAUUAAGGAUGACAAAUUGGAUCAUGUCCAAUAGAGAAAGGUUGUGAUUUCCAUUCUUAAAGAUGCACAAUGGUGGGUAUGAAAACCACACUGCGCCAUGAUACACACUGUCUGCUCAAAGUCAUUCAUAAAUCCAUGCCCACGCACAGACCACACACACGGCUCUGUAUCAGCAGCUCUGACUCGAUGCUUCCUUCCUGUGCAGAACCACAUGCAGCCUACUCUGUUCUUAAAUAUAAUUCUAAUUAAUGUAAUCACAGCGGUCCAUGCGCUCAUUACACCUCCCUCACCUCAUCAGGGGAAGGUGAGUCAUCCUAAACUUUAAUAAAACUGCCAACCAGGCUGAGCUUCCUUUCUUCAAUUCAGUCCAACAACCUAUAUGCAGCUUCUUGUUUUGCUUGUGUCCAGGCAGUUCAGCUUUUGCAUCCAGCCUUCACUGCGCACACAAGCACACACACACAUCAGAGUUCCCCUGCUAAUAUGGUGCUCCUCCUGUCAGCAGAGGCUCUUUGACACUGGACGCCGGCCACAGAGUGUCAGUCAAUAUGGCAUAUGCUAAUGUCGACCUUGUUGCUCUUUCCAGUGGAUAAAAAUGAAAGUGACAGGACAGGAGUUUUUGCAGAGAGGUUUUGCAUAUUGAGACAAAACUGACAUGGGUUUUUCUGCGUAACUUGAUGUUUUAAUAAAACAUUGGAAUUUUUGCUGCACACACACACACACACACACACACACACACACACACACACAAAUGCGCACUUAGGGGAUAGUAUUGAUAUUGACGUGGAUGUGGUCAAAGGUUAAGCCCUUGAGUUGAGGGUUAGAGAUCUAAUUAUUGGAGAAAGAUGAUAUCUAUAAUAGUUUCUUCAUUCUGACAUGACCAGUAAUGACUGGUUCAGAUUAAAUGGGCGUUCAUUAGAGAAGCUGCUAUUACUGCUGUGUGUGCAUAUGUGUGUACAUGUGUGUGUUUGCGCGCCUCCUUGCAGUGUGAAUAACAAACCCUGUAGAGAGCAAAUCCAUAAACAUCACUGGCACUAAUGAAUUUGACCUCCUUCACCUCCCCCUCAACAGCUCCAGCAGCCAUUCGCGGUCGCUCAGAGCCCCCUGGAGAGGAGCGCCAGGCAGGCUUGGGUGUGACUCGUUCUGGCCAACAUCGCUGGAGCACCAUCAGCAGCCUGAGCGCCGACAGUGGGGUCGUAGGCCUCAGCGAUGAGCGGGAGGAGGAGGACAGUGAGCCCCGCCGCCACCGCAGGACACGAGGAGCAGAAGUGGAGCGAGUGGACAGCGGCAUCGGUCCGGGUCUGUCUCGCACAUGGAAGCGACCGUCUGCCUCCCUCAGAGCGUGGGAGGCCCAGAGACCCUGUCCAGACUGUGGACUGAGAGACGGGGCCUCCAAAGAGAGAGGGGAGCGUAUGUGCGAGCGCUGCUCCAAGCUGAGGACGGAGCGGAAGGAAGCCAUCCUGGAGUUUCUCAACACGGAGUCGAGCUAUGGCGAGGACCUGCGGAUCAUCAAGGAGGAGUUCUACUGCCCCAUGCAGAGCGCUGGGCUGCUGACGGCUGAGCAGCUCACUGUGGUGUUUAGUAACGUCCAGGAGCUCAUAGACGUCAAUGACCGCUUCACUGAACACCUGCAGGACAGCAUCGACCAAGCCUUUGACCAGGUAACACGCCUACACUCUAAAAACUCUUGGGUUAUUUCUUCAACCUGGGUUAUCUGGGUUGAGUUAAAUUUCUGUGUUAUUUUUCAGAUCAAUACCCAUUUCUUGGGUCAUAUGGGUUCUAUUGAGUGUUUUUUGAAUGGGUUAAUAAUUAAGGGUUAUUUUUCUGAGAGUAACCCAAUAAUUGGGUCAGAACGGUUCGAUUGACUCUACAUGGUUUCUAGGCCUAAUGGCAAUUAAAGUGACCUGGUGACCUUGUGAACUUUAGGGUACAGGUUGUAAAAGCAAAGCUCACGAAAAAAGCUCCCUAAAUGCAUAGAUCAAUUUAACCCAAUUAACUCGAAGAUUGGGUUAACAUGACCCUUAAUAAGAGUUAUUGACUCAACCCAAAAUUUGAGUUAAUUUGAAUAACCCAACAUUCUGGGUCAAAAUAACCCAAUAAGUAGUCGGCCCCUUUUCAACCCUGGUGUUGGGUUAAAAUCUACCCAAGUUGAGUUGUUUUUAACCCAGGAGUUUUUAGAGUGUACCUGUAAGAAAAGCUACUAAAUGAACCUCAGUAUAAGAUUAAUAACGUGAGUGUAAGAAUAGGACAACAUAUUUGUUUUUUGUUCUAAUAUAUGCUUUGAAAGCAUAAAAAAACACUAAAUCAAAAGUCAAACUCUGUCUAAUUGUUGAUGACUUCUUGACUUGAUUGAAAGCUGCAGAAGAUCUUUAACAAGGACCGUGCGAAGUAGCAACCAGGGUUUCAAUUGAGAUACAAAGAAUUCAAGAAAAAGUCUGCUGAUUGUUGAACCACAGUUCCAAAAAUGUAAAGUGAAAACUUUCCUGCAGUCUGACAAUAUAUGACAUUCUUCUUGGAAAUCAUGGAUGCUGUCUUCUGCCCUCAAAAGGUUAGGAACCACUGGGCCUGUUAUUGUGGUGCGUUCGAGUUACCUCGGAGGUCAGAUGUCGGAGCUGAAAACGAGUUACCAGCGUUACAGUUACCAAGUCGGAAAAAAGCAUAAUCGGCGGCCUGAAACAAGAUGGCUACAUCUAUGGAAGUUAUUUUGCCUUAUAUUCGGACAAGACAAGCGCUAAAAUAACUUUCGUAUAUGUAGCCAUUUUGUUUCCGCCUCCGAUUUUUCCUUUUCCAACUUGGUAACUGAAACGCUGGUAACACAGGUGUGACGUCAUUUUCAGCUCCAACUUCUGACUUUUGAGGUAACUCGAAAGCAGCAUUAGUCCACAGUCCACCCAUGACAUGGCUAGUUCACACACCCAGGGAGCCACCAUUAACGCUGAACAAUAUAUAAAAGUUAAAAACACUAAGAUUAGGAACAGCAAUGGCAGUAAAUUGAGCAUUGACUUGACCGCUCGCUCUUCUGUGUUUGACCCCAGGGAGAUGAAGAUCUACUGACAGUAUACAUCGGAGAGAUCUUCCUGGAGUUUGUCAACAUGCUUCCCGCCUUCCAGACCUACUGCCUGCAGCAGUCCACCUCAGUCAACAUGCUCAACACACUGGAGAAGGAGAAGGAACUGCUCAGGUACGCACAGAGAAUCAAGAAACUUGUUCCUCUUUGCUUGUGUGAUGGUGAAGUUGUUCUCAGAGCUUUCUCUCGUUCUUGCCAAAGCUGGUGGGUAUAAUUCUAAAUGGAAAAGACAGCAGCUUAUUACUUAUUCAGAGGUAGUUCUAUUUCGAGAGUAGAGCUGCAAUGAUUCAUAUUUUUAGACAGAACAGGAGCUCACUCACGAGUCAGGCUGUCCUAUGAUUCCCAUGAAUCAGUUUUAAAGAGUUUUCUGAAAAUAUGUCUCAGAUGUCUCUGUUCCAGAUUUAUUUAUUCCUGUUUGUUCUUGCAGAAUCUUCCUGGAUGUUUCCCAGAAUGACAACACGGCACUGCGGCGUAUGAACCUGCGCUCGUUCCUUAUGGCACCCCUCCAGCGUGUGACUAAAUACCCACUUCUGCUAAGUCGCAUCAUUAAGGUCACUCCGGAGUGUCACCCGGACUAUUCACGUCUCCGUGAGGCCAAGAGCCGCGUGGAAUCGCACUUAGAGCACAUUAACAUGAAGACAAAGCAGGAGGGGAACGGCGUCACAUGGUCACUGCGAUCAUUCCGCCGUGACAGCCGCAAAAACCGGGAGGUGAUUAACAUAGAGAUGAGAGAGGUUUCAAUGAAGACGGUUGGCUGGGCGAGAGAAAACACAAGAUUCGUCAUGGAGGGACCUCUUCAGUUGUCCCAGCCUGCAGAUGGUCAGUGGGUGAAGAAGGGAAGCAAGGCCCUGAAGUUCCAAAACGUCCAGAGUCUGCUGAUGGUGAGGACACAGCGAGUCGGAGAAAUCCCAGGACAGGGCACCGACUCUGGAGCAAAAGUGGAUCAAGUGGAGGUCGGUGGAGAGAGCAUUCGCGACGGGGUUCUGGUUCUGAUCAAGGACAAGAGCAGUGGAAAGUUCACAGUGCUCAGAGAGCCCAUACGUUUGGGGAACUGUGUGGUGUCAACAGACCCAGACAGCGAGGACACAUUCGAGGUACUCGAUAUUCGAAAGGAGUCUUUCGUUUUCCGUGCCUCGGACAGAUCUCGUACCCAGCAGUGGUUCCAUCAAAUUAAGAGGUACGCUCGAGACUUGGGCACCUGGAGGAAAAGACGCAAUGCUUUGCCUAACAUCAUGAUCAACACGAACCAGGGUCGUUCCUGAGACUGACCAACCCUCCCAACAUCUUUGUGACACUGUAAAUAACCUGAGUCCUUCUACUGCAAAAACAAACUGACAACGAGAAGCAUUUCAGAGUGAAACCACUGUUAUGACUCUUUAGAUUUCAGUCAAAUCUUUCUCAGUCUCAUAGGAGUCGUAGGCCGUAUAGAAGAAGUGGACAUGGUUUUGGUGGGUUAACCUUCUGUUUGAACCAUCCAGUUGGCAUUUCUGGCUGACAACUUCUUGUUUUUCUGAACCAGGGGUGACGAUCUUUAGACAACACUGCAAUUUCUUAAUCCUGGCACCCUAAACGCACCCUUCUUUAUCCUUGAUAAUCCUCUAAAUGUAAUCUUACUUCACUAAAGGAGAAUCAUAAUGCAUUAAAAAAACAUUUUCAAGAGCUGAACUGAUAGACGCAACAAAGAUAGUUUACUAGAGUGCUAAACAAACUUAAAAGUAGGGUCAUCUUACCAUCUGGUUUCAUCCAAUCUAAUUUACUAUUGUUCCCAAUGAAGCCGCCCCCUGCUGGCUUUUUAAAAUGAUGCAGAUUUUAGGCAUUUUUCAGGCUUCCCUUUAAAAACAAAGGUCUUUGUCCACUUCUUGUAUACUGUCUACGGUAAGAGAAAGAUCUAGCACUUUUUUUUUCCUUACAAAUCUUGAAGUGCGACAUACUCUCAUAAAAUUACACAAGAAGAUUUGAAUCGUUAACGUUGAGAAAAAAUUCCUUGGACAACCAAAAAUCCCGGGCUGUGCUUGUCAGCCUUGAUUGUAAAGACUGUUUGCUCCUGGAGAAAAAGAGCUGUGUGUGUGUCUGUUGAAAAGCAUGGCUGAUCAUGACCGACUGCAAAAAGAAAAACUGUAAAGUCUUUUUUUUUUCUACCAGACAUCAGUUGGGGGUGAAUUUUUCUUUUCAUGGUAUGAAAAAGUGAAGAUGUGGUUGAAAGCUUUGUUCUAUGGUUUCUGUUUGUUGUCACUGCCCUCUCCUGUUGGCAUAGAGCAACUUUCACUGCCAGAGAUGCAGUUGAGCAGAGCCUCUGAGACAGGCUGAACGGACGUCCUGUAUCACUGUGUUAAAAUUUUUGGAUGAAGACUCACAAAACAGCAAUAAUCUCUGCCAGUUUCAAAAUACGUAGCUACUCUUUAUGCAUUUUGUUUCCCAGCAUUGAUCUUUGGCAUUCAGGUUUGUCCUGCUGUAAUACACACUGUGGUAAUGAGUUAAUGUGGCAGAUUUCACUGAAGUCUCAAAACUAUUCCUGUUGGACAGAAAACUUGCCUUCAUCAUACAAAUACCAGGAAGUCUCUGUUUUGUUAGAAAGAUAGUCUAAAAGCAAUGAAAGCAGUCUGUGAGGUUUUUUUUAGGAUUAAAAAUGAACACAACUGUUUCCCCACUUUAUGUUGAGAAUUAAGUUUUUCAGCGUCAGGCCAGUGUACGGUGGCCCUGAAGGUCAUAUGCACAAACGUUUCCUGACGUAAACAUACAUUUACAUAAAUGCUAAAAGCAUUUUUUAGAAUUCAAAGAUGUUUUGAGAAACUAUAAAACAUUUCACAAAGUAUUAAAAAUAUCUCAUGAAUGGAAAAAAAUUAGUUUCAUGAGACCUUGAAGUAUUUCAUGGAAGGCAUAUGAAAAUUUUCAAAACACCAUAAAGAAAUAAAUGAAAACAUGAUGCUUAAAAAUUGUUAAUGAAAUGAAAAUUUGUAGUAAAAUAUUCUAUGCGACACACAAAAAAAUCUUCAAAUAUAAAAAAAAUCAAAAACAUCCAAUAUAAUUUCAAGAAAUAUUAUGUGAAAUGUUUUGCUUUUGAUGAUAUCUUUCAGUGUAUAAGUAAAUGCUCUUUGUGCUCACUGAAAUGAUAACAUCUGAGAGUUGACCUUCAGGGCUACCGUACAAAGGACAUCAUGUCACAGUGAUGGAUAACGGGACAACAAACAGCUAUUUGCAUCGUUAAUGCACCAAGAUAAAUGUUUGUCUAGAAGAUACUUCAAAAGAAACUAGAAAAGCCUCUGGAGAGACUUAUUAAGUUUUCUUCUUUGACAAACUUUAAAAGAACUUUAAUUCAAAGGUACAUGAAAAAGCAAAACCAAUUGUUGGAAAAUUGGAAAAAGAGUUUGGCAAUUGUGAAAAAUGAUAAUUUUUCACUUAGUAGAUCAAUUCCAUGGAAAUUACACUUCAUCUGGACUUUAAUCCUCACCUUGUAUCCAUGAAGUGCAAAGAAAAUUAUGUGAUUUUUAAAUUGUAUUUACUAUAAGACGUCAUGGCAGCUGGUGAUUUAUCAAUUGUGGUGUAAAACGGUUAGAAAAACGCUCGACUCGACAACCUCCCUCCAGAAAACCCUUCCAACCAUCUCAUCCAGAUUUGAGUCUAACUGUGUUACUAUGUGGCCUAGUGAUGAGCUGUUGUGCCUUGGUACUUGAUUACUGUUAUGUUUAAAGGUACUGAAAUCUUUGCAGACUGUCACAGUAGCAUUUAUCUCUGCGAUAUACACAAGAGCGCCCUCUGCUGGCACUUGAAGACAUCAUUUUACAGGCAAUAUAAUUAUUCCUCUGAUGGUCUCUGGCUGCUGCUCCUCCCUCUUAUUUAAAUGUUUGUUUUUUAUUAUUUAUAAAGGCUUUAUUUCCUUUAAUGCACUUUAUUAUGAUUCAGUAAUAGAACGCUCUUGAGUAUGACACAUUACACAGUCCUGUUUAAAAAAAACUCAGCUGGCUGAAGCUGGUUAAAGCAGGUUCUGAAAAGACUCAUCAAACCAAAUCUACUGUUUAAGACUGAUGCUGUUUUAUAUUUGCUUUGAAGUAGCACUAGAAAAGGUAGCAAAUCACUGUGUUCUGAGGGGCAGGGAUGCUCAGCUCCACACCAAUACUCCUGUACUGUCAGAAAAUGCUGUUUCAGACUCAAAAUGUAGAAGAAAAAAAAACAAAGCCUGCCGAGUUCACAAAGUUUUUUUUUGUUUUGUUUUUCUUAUUUGCAUUUUGAAGACCUGAUGUAUUAUUUCCCCAGUGUAAUAUAUUGUGAAUUAUAUUAAAAGAUUUUAAACACAA